UAGUAUUGAACGAUACCGCGAAACGUAAAAACCGGUGGAAUGAUGAAGCGCGAUCGCAACGAGCAUUUUAAUUAUGAGUGACGCGAACAAAGGUCAGGGGGAGAAUUCGAAACGUCCCCCUGAGAGCCCUUCUGGAAGUGCCAAACGUUUAAAGGAUCGGGUCAGCUUUUUCGAAAAAGUGUGGACCGGCACCAGUGCCAGCGGCUCGCUCGAAGAUCAGGACACGCUGAAUGUGGGUGAACUCGAACGGUUAAUCGAGGAAGGGCGAAAAAACGUCCCUUCGGCACAAUUAGAGCAGGUAACCCUCAGGCAUACACCGCAAAGUUCGCCGCGCCAAGCGACCGAACUACGUCAGCAUUUCUUCCCCGAUGGCUCCUUCGAGGAAAGCGUGUUUAAGACUGAGGAAGAAGGCGAUCUGGCCUCCAGUUUCAAAAGUGUCAAAUUCGAAAAGGUGACCGUGCGAAAAACCGUGCAACAAGUCAGAACUAUUCGAACGACUAGCAGAACGCCGUCCGAAUCGGAAGGAAGGAAUUUCGAAGAUUCCGCUUACCAAACUCAAAAUGGAACGUCGCAUUCCAAAUCGUCCAGCGUUACUUCUUUGUCUGGGCGUUUUCCUUCGGAGGAGAGCCUUAGGAGAACGCCAUCCAAAGAGGCGUUGAAAGACGAUUGGGAUUCCGGAAGCAACAGCAGCAAGCACACAACCUCGUCGGCAGAAUGGUACAACGAGUACAGAAAUCAGAGCUUCCAAAGUGGCUCGUCAAAGUUGGAGUAUGUCAGAAGCCGGUCACAGUAUGACAACCAUAUUGCGGUUAUCAGAGAUGAACAGGAAAGAGUUCAAAAGAAGACCUUUGUCAAUUGGAUUAAUUCUUAUUUAGCCAAGCGUGUUCCGCCGCUUAGGGUAGAAGACUUAAUCGAAGACCUGAAGGAUGGAACGAAACUACUUGCGUUGCUUGAAGUAUUAUCCGGCGAGAAACUGCCUAUGGAGAGAGGCAGAGUUCUGCGUCGGCCCCAUUUUCUUAGCAACGCGAAUACGGCGCUGCAAUUCCUCGCCAGCAAAAGGAUCAAGUUGGUGAACAUAAAUGCGACGGACUUGGUGGAUGGACGUCCACCCGUCGUUCUUGGACUCAUUUGGACCAUCAUUUUAUACUUCCAGAUUGAGGAAAACAGCAGAGCCUUGGAAUACCUAGGUCAGUGGGAAAGCACAAGCAGCUUGGAGAGCGCCGGAACCACGUCUUCGGCCACGAAAGAAAGAUGGAAGCAGGGUGCCAGAAAGACGCUGCUGCAAUGGGUUGCUAACGCGCUUCCAAGCGACGCCGGAAUUGAAAUAAGAGACUUCGGCGCAAGCUGGAGAGACGGAGUGGCCUUCCUAGCCAUAAUCGACGCCAUCAAGGCGAACCUAAUUAACCUGGCGGAACUUCGCAAGGAGACGAAUAAGGUGCGUCUGGAGACGGCGUUCGACGUCGCCGAAAAGGAUCUGGGUAUAACGAAGCUGCUGGAUCCGGAAGAUGUGGACGUGCCGAAACCGGACGAGAAAAGUAUCAUGACGUACGUCGCGCAAUUUCUUCACAAGUAUCCCGAACCGAAAAGCACGGGACCGGACGCUAUCGCUGCCAUUCAGGACGAAUUUAACGACUUGGUGUCUUGGCUAUUAAAGAAGACCCAGUAUUUGGAGCACCUGCAGCAGACGAACUCUCUGCCGCUCGACUACAACGAAUAUACGAAAUUUAAAGAAGAAGUGGAGAAUAAGGCGAUCGUAUACAACAAACUCAGAUUGCUCGUAGAAGCUCAGAGCAUCCUCUCGAUUACCAAAGAGUCGUGGUUGGACGUUAGCAGGCUGUGGAAUCAACUAGAGAUGCAAAUGCGUUAUUGGCUGUGGUUACUAGAUUCCAAAUUGCCCGGUGAUUUCAAAUACGUCGGCGAAUGGUUAGCGAAUGCCGAAAGGCUGAUCUACACCGACGAUAUACCCACCGCUAUGAACGAAGAGACUGCAACUAUUAUUAGUAGAAAGUUAGAGGAACAUAAAGCGUUUUUUGCCGAACUACCUAAUAUACAAACGAGAUUUGAGCAAGCUUGCAACGGUCCACUAGCGAAAGAAGUGCCUUCUGCCCAAUUAGAAAAUAUGAGUUUGAGACUGAACGAAAUUGGACCCAAAGCUGCUCAAAGACGUAUUAGACUUAAAUUCCUUGAACACAAGUGCUGCCUUAUUGCCUUUUUGCAACUGACGGAAACCAAGCUUAGAGGGUGGACGAUCAAAUAUGGACACGUAGAUAAAGUCAUUCAACUUUUAGAUCAGUACCGCAAUUUUGUAUCCAAAAACCACAUUUUCCAGGAGUUCAACAAGGCCUUCAUCGAUAUGCAGGCCGUAGUUGAGGAGUAUCAGCGUGAUGGAAAUAUAGAUAAAAACGAGCGCCAGGAUAUCGAGAGAUUUCUUCGCAAUACCGCCGAAAGGUGGAAGAACGUUUCGAUGGAGCUGAGGUGUGUGCAAAGCAUGUUGGAGGAAGUCGUGGCGUACUGGAGACGAUGGGAUUCGCUAUCGGUGGAAUUCGAUCGAUGGUUAGAUAAGGCGGAAGAGGCCAUCAAGCUUCCUGAAGAAGAGCGAAUGGAGUUCUUCCAAGACAUAAGCGUUUGGAGAGAUAACUAUCAGUUAUUAGGCGAUACUGUUAGUUUCCUCAUAGCCACGUGUGAAGACAAAAUCGCGGCGGACUUAAGGGAGCACUUCGCCAAGAUGACCUCUCGAUGGGAUAAGUUAUAUCCGGUCGUCAAUAAAUAUAGUCACGCCGGCGAUAUACUGCGCAACAGAAAGGAGUUUAGGGCGGGCGUCGAGGUGUUAUCGAAUUGGUUGCGUAAAGCCGAAACGAUCUUGAAUUCGCAGCAAUUGGGGUCUCUGGAUAAAAUCAGAGCGCACGGCGAGAGCUUACUUCAAUUGCAAGGCGAAGUGAAAGGAAUUGAAGACCUCUUCAAGGGUAUCAGCAAAACUUUCCAAACUUUAAUCCAAGAUCUAUCUCGAGACGAAGUGGAUAAAAUGAUGAACACUUUGAAAAACGAAAAGGAAGCUCUCGUUCGAAUUCGUGCUUUGAUUCCCGCUCAAAUACAUCUAUUCAACCAACUGCUAGUCCAACAGGAAUCGCUGGAGUCCGGCCAGCGUGAGAUAUCAAAGUGGCUUGAUGAUGCCGAAACACUUCUAAGUGAGUUAACGCUCGCCGGAGGGCAAGAAAAUUUGCACACGCAGUUGGAGAAACACAAACAGUUCUUUAUCCGAACCCUCUACUACCAAUCCAUGCUGGACAGCAAGAAUAAAGUUUUGAAAACAAUCGAAAAGGCCGUCGAUCAACAAACAAAUCCAGACGUACAAGAGAUGAACGAUAAAAUGCAAAAAUUAAACGAGCGUUUCGAGUAUGUGAUAAAAAACGCACAUCUUUGGGAACAAAAGAUGCAAGAAGCCAUACGCAGCUGGUAUAAUUUCAACGAAUGCGAGCGCGUCAUAUCGUCCUGGCUUUCUAAAGCCGAACAGUUGAUAUCCGAAAAACAUAUCGAUACCAGGAAAACGGUCGAGUUUCACAAAACCUUCUUUGAAAGUGUCAACGAGCGUUGGAUUCACGAUUUGGUUCAAACCAGUCAAGAUCUGAAGAACUGCCUUCCGAGCGAAGAACAAAAGCCCAUCAGUAACUCUGUGGAACGCCUACAAGCGAAAUGGAAGGAAAUUUUAUCAUUUGCGCCCCUUCAUCUGAUGCGCUUGGAAUUUAGGUUGGACGAAACCGCUUUCACGCACUACAUUAAAGAAAUAGAAAGAGAGAUCAUAAUCGAACAACAGGCAUUUAAUAAGCAAGAGAACGUCGAGUCCAUAAUCACAAGAAAUAAGGUAUUUUUCGCUCCUCACGGACACCUGGCUGAGACCAAACGGUGUUUGGAGAACCUAGAGAAAAUAGCGACUACCUACUCGCAGUACCAUCCCGAGGAGUCAAAAUUAAAGGAAUCCUGUACUAAGGCAAACGAACAGUGGGAGAAUAUUAAUUUCAAAGUUGAAAAGUUGCGCGAACAAUUGGAUCGAAUACCAGAGAAGUGGAAUUACUACCACGAUCGUUUCCAAAACAUGGUGCAGUGGAUGAAUGAGGUUGACAGGUCAGUGAGCAGCGUCUUCACUAAUCUCAAGACCAUGGAGGAUUUUGAUCGAGAAAAGGCUCUUUUCCAGAAAAUCUGCCAGGACGCCGACGCCAAACGCGAAGACAUGAAGUGGUUGGUUCAAACUCUCGACUCUCUAGUAAGUCACUGUCCCGAAACGCAAGCAAUUGAGGAACAGCAGAAAUUAGAAGCACUAAUUACUCGCUAUAAAAACCUAAUACCGACUCUGGAAGUCACAAUGACCAAAACGGAAACUCUGACCAAGUGCUACACAUACAAAAAGGAAGUUCGGGAAGUUUGCGAACUGUUGAAGAAGGUAAAGGAGCAGUCCAAGCACGACCAUCACCCGGAAACCUUGGAAAAUGUAAACCAAAUGAUUCAACAACAGGAAAUCGCCGUGUCGCAAUUGGAUUUGCAGCGACCCAACAUUAUGACGAUGCUGCAACGUGGCAAGGAGCUCGCAAAGGAGCCGACCGCGCCCGAGUUCGUGCACGAAGAAAUCAAAGCACUUGAAACCGGUUGGAACGACGCCUACAAAGAGACCGUCGACAAACUCAACAAACUGAAAACGACCCAAACAAUUUGGUCGAGCUUCAACGAACAAAAAACUGAAAUUCUGGAACUGCUAACCCGAGCACACCGCGAACUUCAGCGUAUACCGCUAGGACAAUACACCUCGACCAAUAUUCCUGCCGAUUUACAGGCCAAACAAGAAAUGUGCAUUUACUUACGGCAAGCAACCGAAGAAAUCUUGAAGAGGUUGCGAGAUCUGUGUACGAAACUGGGAGAGCAAGCAGUGCCCGCGAAAAGGCCCACUUUCGAAAAGGAGAUCGAAGAGAUCGAGGAACAUCUGGACAGUACCAUCGAAACGGUGGAGGAGCGCGUCGUGUAUUUGCAGCAGUUGAACGACAAAUGGACGCAGUACCAUGAUCGGCUGGGGGACCUACAGAGCUGGACUGUACAAGAAGCGCCGAAAAUGUUAAAGGCAAUAGAGGAUAAUACUGCACCGGAAGACCGCAUACAGAAAGCUACCGAGCUGAAGAACGAAAUCGUGCACAAGGUGGAUCUGGCUAAUCAACUAAAAGCGAUAACGCGCGAUCUGAUUAUCGACGAGUCUAACCCCGAAGCGAAUAAAGUUAGAGCGGAGGUCGUCGCCAUACACGACAAAAUGGCGGCAAUACACAAAAACGUCGACGAAGAGUCGGUGGCGAUAGUUCAAGAUUUGGAGAAUUGGAAGCAGUACCAGAGCGCGAUCCGGGAAAUUAAGCCCUGGAUCGAGCAGGCCGAGGUGAGUAUGCAUACCGGUGUGCCGAAACCGGCCACGUUAGAGGAGGCGGUGCUACUGCGUAAUCAAUCGAAGCAGUUUUCUAAUGAGUGCGGUAAUCAAUUGAAGAAGUUACAAGGGGUUGUGGGUAUUAGUCAGCAGAUUGUAACAAAAACGCACGCCCCCGACGAAGUCGAUGCGAUACAUUCGCGUUGGACCGUCAUUGAAGACAAUGCGGUUCAGCACGCCAACAAGCUCGAAAAAUUAGUGAAGAAUUGGGAUGAAUUUGACGGUAACGCAAAAACUUUGGAAGCUUGGGUAGUGAACAGUGAAAACGCGUUGGCAGCCGAAACCAUUAACCUUGAUGCGCCCGAUGUGGAGAAAUUGGAAAAGCAGCUCGCUCAAUUGAAAGCGUUUAACAAAGAGGUUUCGGAGCAACAAGCGAAGUUGAUCAAUUUGACGCAAAGCUGCGAUUCAAUCAGCCACGGAUUGGCCCCGGAAGGUGCAACGAUCGUUAAAGGGCGAGUUCAAGAUAUAAAAGGCAAAGUUACGAACCUUUCGGAGGGCCUACGAGCAAAAAUAAAUGAGGUUUCCGACGCUAUUUUAACCAGGCACGAAUUUAAAGGAAAAAUGAUGGAAUUCUCCAACUGGGCCAAUAAUCUCCAAGGAAACGUAGCUAAAGUCGACGAAAUCCGAGCCGAUAAGGUAGAUGCCGCGUUGAUAAACGUACACGCGUUGCUUCAGGAGCACUCGGACAAGCAACCGGCCUUCAACGCAAUUUAUGAAGAUGUUAAGGCGUUGAGUUUGAAGAACACCCCGCAAGAAAACCAAUCGCUCACAGAAGAAUAUACGAAUUUGGUGGGCAGCUAUCAAAAUCUGGAGACACAGCUUCAGCAGAAAAAGAAUGCGUUGGAAAAGUGGACCGAUUUGCUGAAUUGGCACGAUGAGACCGCCCGCCAGCUAUCUCACAUAAAGUAUCAAAUCGAUAGUCAAAAGGCAAAACCGGAAGAUCUGCAGGUGUUAGUUAAAGAAACGGAAACGAUCAUUAGCAAGUUAAUAACUUGGAAACAAAAGGCACCCGAAAUCGAUCAAAUCGCGAGUGUGACCAUUUUGGAUAAAAAUACCGGGCUACCAAGCAGUGGUGAGAAGUUGGUGCGCGACAUUGAAGUGAAAACAAUCAACCUAAAGACGCAACUGGUCGACAAACUAAAAACCUUGGAGGCGCUACAGGGACAUCGAGAUGCAUUCACAGAUUUGCAACGACAAGUUCAAGAAAACCUUGAUAAAACUCAAGCCCAGUUAGCACAAAUAAAUGACAGCGUGAAUAAUCCGGAAGAUCUACAGAGGGCAGUAGCUGAAAUAAAUCGACUUUUAGAAAGUCACGUUCAAACCGCACCGGUAAGGGAAAACUUACAGAGAAAAGGCGAACAACUUAUGAAGGAAGAUUUGCCGAACGCAACUGCGAUUCAGAGUACGAUAUCGGCUCUGGAUUCAAAGUGGGACGCCGUUCAGGACGCGAUAAAAACCGAAAAGCUUAAGUACGGCGAUAUUAUUUUCGCGUGGAAGGAGUUCCAAGAAAUGAAGAAUCGAACAGAAAAGGAGAUCGAAAAAGUCGAACAGGUGUGCGAUUCGCUACAGACACCUUCGGAUUAUAUCCAGGCCAAUGCGAACAACGAAAACGCCCGAAGAGCUCUGGAAGCUUUGCAAAAAACAAAAAUCCUUCUGAACAAAUUGGAAUCUAAAGCCGAAUCGAUAGGGAAAAAGGCCGAUUUUAUUCCGAAGAUGGAGUCUGAAGUGAGGUCGGAGAUAAAGGAAUGCCAGAAGCACUGGUCGAGUGUGUAUGAAAAAAUAUUGAAGGUGGCGCAGACGGCGGAGGCGCAAAGCAUAAUUUGGCAGCAUCUCGAGGAAACCAAAAUUAAGCUGUUGCAGUGGCUCGGGGAGCAAAAUUCGAGCCUGAGCGCUGCCGCGGAAAAACCCAACGAGGUUGAGGUGGCACAAGCGAAAUUGGUCAAGUACAAAGAAGAAUUGCCCGCGUAUCAAAGUUUGAAGCAGAGUAUACCCCUUAAACAUCAGCAGUUGGCGAAUUUAAAUAACGUGCAAGAAUUACCCAUGGUUGCCACUUUAGAAAAUCUGUUAGAACAGCAAUUUGCAGAUCUACAAGAACGAGCCGACAAAUUGCAAAAGGUUACUUCGGUCUACGGUGAUAAAGAAAAAGCAAUCCGGAAGGACAUCAAAGAUACCGGAAAUAAAAUUUCUGCCAUACGCGAGGAAAUCGUGAAGUGUGAAGAUUUAUCAGGCGACAACGCGAAAAUCUUGGAUCGUCUGCUCAACUGUCAGAAAUUGAAAGGCCAAUUAACAAACUGCGAUACGGACAUUAAGAAAAUUGAGCAGCAGAUCAUCGGCAUGAAAACAAUCUAUCCUUCAUUUUCCGAAAGCAAUUUACCGAAAGAGCAGCAGCUGGUCAAAAAACGAUACGAUGGUGUGUUGUCGCACGCCAAUAAAAUUGAGAACACCCUAAUUUCCUUCUUAAAGAAAUACCACAAUGAGAAAUACGGAGCGUUGCAAAGAAUCAUCGCGACUCAAAAGGAAAAGGUGCAAUGGUGUCACCCAGAGCCUGCCAGCGAUAAGUACAAUCUCGAAGUUAAGCUCAACGCGAUCAAUUCAGUUCAAGCGGCCAUCCAAGACUGUGAAAAUCGCAAAAAUGAAUUGCAAAACUCGCUAAAACUAUUGGAACCCAUUGAAACACCUGAAAGUUACAAGCUGAUGACGGCCGAAAAGGAUCACCUCGAAGUUGAGCUAGAAAACUUGAAGCACUCUCAUAACGCCACCAAAGAACUACUCGAACACAAUAUCAACCAGCACCAAAAUUACGAAACACUCUCCGACGCGAUCUCCUCGUGGCUGAAAGACAUCGAAAACAAGGUCCGCGGGGAAAGCGUAACCCAACUAGAUCUCAACAACAUACAUACGAAGAUCGACGAAAUUAAGUCGCUUCAAAACGCGGUCGGCGGUUACGAAGACGAGAUUAAGAAAUUGAUCGAGCUGAGUGACAGCAUGGUUAAGGAAACGCCAGAGUCUCGGGUCGCGCAAUUCGCCCAGCACCUUAACACGAGAUAUCAGGCGGUGGUGAAGUUCCUCUCGAGUUACUUGGAGAAAUUGGACGAAUUGAAUAAGUACAAGGAGCUGUAUCAAAAUAGCAUCAAGGACGUCGAAGACUGGCUAGAGAAGGCCGAACAAAAAGUGAAAACUUUCGGGGAAUACACCACACGCGGUUCCAAGCCGAACGAGGCCACUUUGGAGGAGCUGAAGAACUUUGCGAGCGAAAGGGAAAAGGGACAGACUUUGUUAGGAACCGCCAUGGAGCAUGGGGAAGCUUUGUUUUCGGGUAUAACUCCCGAAAAUAAGGAGGUCAUUCGUACCGAGCUAAGAAACCUGCGUGAUAAGUCGGAGGCGCUCAUUGACAAAGUGAACGGAAUUUAUAAGCGAGUCGAGGGCAUUUUGAUGCAAAGGCACUCGUUCGAGGACAGCUUGCGUCAGGUGAAGCUUUGGAUUGCGGAUGCCGAAGAAAAAUUGGGCAAUCGGGUCACGUUGAAGGCGACACUUUCGGAAAAGAAAGACACGUUGCAUAACUAUAAGACGUUGGCUCAAGACGUAAACUUGCACAAAAACAUUCUACAGCAGUUAAAGGACAAGAUCGCGCAGAUUGAAGACGCCGAAGGCGAUUCGGGUUUCCACGAUAGUUUGGAAAAGUACAAGAAGCUGUCCGAUGACGUGAACGCCAGAGUUGCGGCGUUUGAGACGUACAGUAAUAAUCAUGAAGGUUUCAAUCAAAGCAUAGAGAAGUGUAGAAGUUGGUUGAGCGCUUUGGUUGCGGAAGCGACAUCGUUGAUUUACGGCGCAUCCAUUGAAAAUACCGAAACAAAAUUAAGUAUUCUAGAAAACCUGCUCGGUCAAAAGGAAGAGGGGGAUAAAAUGUUGAACGAGUGUAAAAAUCAACUGGAAACGGUGCUUAGCGAAACUGCUCCUGAAGGACACCCGGCGCUGAUCAACAGUUAUGAAACCCAAGUGCAAGCUUGGAACACAUUUUUGAAUUUGUGCUCCAAUGGAAAGGACGAUGUUAGUAGAAUUUACACAAAGCACAAGGAGUUCAGUGGGCUGGUGGAAAAUUUGGAAGCGUGGCUGAAACAGAAAGAGGGCCAAGUGAAAGAUCAGAGUUUGCGCAGUACGGAGGAAACCAAGAAGACGCAUUUGGACAAACUGGAAGGUUUACAGGUGGAGAUCAGCGGCAAGGAAGACGACUUUAAGAGGCUCGCCCAGCAGGCCGACGAUGUAGAUUCUAAAUCUGAACUCUACGCUCACGCAUCGCAAAUGAUUACGCGGUACGAUUCCCUAAAGAAUGCCGUUAAAGAAGGCAUAAGUAAGUACGGCAGCUUCGUCGACGAACACAAGACCUUCAAUGCGAAUUACGCUACGUUUGUUAUGUGGCUAUCUGAAAAGCAAGACGAUUUGCACAAUUUGGGACACAUCAUUGGAGACAUUGAGGCUAUUCAAGAUCGUCAGCGAAAACUGAAAGAACUCAUCGACGAUCGCAACCGUCAAAGCGAAACGUUUGAGAACCUAAUCGAGGAGGGAGAGAAACUCUACGCCCACACAUCUCCAGAUGGAAGAGAGAUAAUAAGGCAACAAUUGCGCAAUUUAAGAACGAUAUGGGACGGAUUCACCGACGAUCUACAAAACGCGUCAAAUAAACUCGACCAAUGCCUGAUCCAAUUCUCCGAUUUCACCACCGCUCAAGAACAACUGACGAAGUGGUUGAAGAACGUCGAAAAAGCGAUGUAUGCUCAAACUGAACUGAAAUCGACCCUUCAAGAGAAACGGGCGCAGCUCGAGAACCAUAGGAUAAUGCACCAAGAGAUUACGUCCCACCAGCAGCUAGUGGAUUCGGUCUGCGAUAAAGCGCAGCAAUUAGUCGAUCAGACCAAGGACAAGUCACUUAACGUUUAUCUUCAAUCUAUCAAACAACUGUUUAAAGAAAUCGUCAACAAAUCCGAAGGCCUAUUGGCUAACUUGGGAGAAUGCGUUGACAGCCACAACCUGUACAAUCAGCAAGUGAACGCCUUUAGAGAUUGGCUAGCAACCGAAUCGGAAAAAUUGCAGGAAUACAACGACGUCACCGGCGAAAAAUGUGACAUUUCGAAAAGAAUAGACGCAAUCGAAGCUUUAAAGCGCAACAAAGAGGACGGGUUAAACUUACUAGAGAAGUUGCAGCAAAUGGCGAACUCCUUGAAACAAAGUACGGCGCCAAAAGGCAAUGAGGAAAUUGAAAAGGAAUUAAUCGUCUGUCAAAAUUUAUUGGAGCAACAUAUGGACGCGAUAGACAAAGAGAAAAUGAAACAACUGGAUGCAUUGAAGGAAUGGGAGAAGUUCGAAGACGACCUUAAAAAACUGAACGAGUGGUUCGCGGAGCACGAAGGCAAAUUUCGAGACCAAAUGCUCUGUUCGACGCUGCCAGAAAAGGAAGCCCAACUCAAAAAUUUUAGAAACGUGAAGGAUGCAGUUGGUAAAAAGGAACGUGAGGUAGACGCGUUCGUCGAUAGUGGUCACGUCCUUCUGCAGACGAGCGAGGUGCAACGCAUCAAACCGAUCAUAUCGCAGAUCAACAACCGCUACCAAACCCUACACGCUCAAAGCAAAGAGGUAAUCAGCAAAUCGCAGAAGGUCGUCGAUGAACACCGUAGCUACCAAGAUAAACUAGAGGAAAUUUCUACAUGGCUUACUCCGCUGGAAGAACACCUAUCCACAUUACAACAUGGAGAAUUGGCCAACAACGCGGAGGCCAAAUUGAACAGACUACAAGUUCUACUCUCUGAAAAGGAACAAGGGGAUCAUAAAUUAAACGCCGUCACCCUUCAAGGUGAAAAACUCUACCCGGAUACCGCUGCUCCCGGUAGGGAAUCAAUACGGAACGAGCUCAGAGGGGUAAAAGAACGCUGGGAUGCACUUCAGGAAGGCAUACUGGAACAACAAAAACUGCAAGACGCCCAAACUCAACAGUUGUCGAGCUACCAGGAUAUGUUACAACAAACAUUGGCGUGGCUGCACGGUAUGGAAAAGGCGAUUCAAAUUGACUCCUCGGCUUGGAACAGCAUUCAAGAGGUGCGCUCCAAAUUGCUGAAGCAGAAAACUGCAAUGCAAGAGAUCAGUUCGUACAAGAGGAUCAUCGAAGGCGUAACAGACAAGGCGAAGAAUCUCGCACAAUUAACCAGCGGAAAGGAAGAUGAUGUUGACGAGAGCAUUAAAUCAAUCAACAUUCGCUACCAGGCGUUAGUGAACAAUGCUCAGGUCGGCAUAAAGCAAUUGGAGCAAUUCCUCGACGUCUAUCAGCAGUUUUACGACCUCCAAAAGGCGCACCAGGACUAUCAGAAGCAGCUGUGGGACAAGCUGGAGAGCUACUCAGAUUAUAGCGGCAACAAGUCGGCGUUACAGGAACGCUUGAACAAAGUGAACGAUCUUCAGGACCGUCUGCCGUCGGGUACCAUCACGCUGCGCGAACUGGAAGAUCACGUCAACAAUAAGAUUUCGAUUCUGCCGGCUCGCGCGCAGGAGUCGAUGCAGCGAGACGUGACGAAUAUGAAGUUCGAUUUGGACAAAUACGUUGCGGCUUUGAAUGAUGCCAAGUUCGCGUUGGAAGGGCGUAUAAAGCAGUGGACCGAUUAUGAGACGUCGCUGGAUAGACUGUUGACGUGGUUGACCGAGACGGAAGCGUCACUGAAAAAUUAUGGUUUGAAGGCGACUCUUGAAGAGAAGCAGGAGCAACUGGAGAAGUAUCAAGCUUUACUGUCGAGUUUGAAGCACUAUGAGGCCGAAUUCGAUAAACUUUCCGACCAGUCUACCGAACUCAUGCAGGAGAGCGGAGAGACCCGAAUUUCUGUUAGUGUACAACAGAUUACCUCUAGAUUCCAAACCGUGCAAGCGACCACAAAGGAAAUUGUUAAAAAGUGCGAGCAAUCCGUGAACGAGCACAAACUCUACAAUGAGAAGUAUCGCCAAUGUUCGGAUUGGAUAGCUGCCGCGAAAUCGAGAUUUGACUCGUGUCGACAGAAAAUGAAAACUGGAGCGCGCCCCGUUCUUGUGGAAAGCAAUAAGGUAUUGGAGGAACUUUUGGCACAACAACCCAGUGCGACACUCCUUUUGAACAACACGGUUGAAGUUGGAGAGAAGCUCUAUCCCACAACGUCAGCUGAUGGAAGAGAGGCGAUCGGUGCCCAAUUGCAAGAGCUGCAACAAAUGUUAGAUGCUCUAUUUGACGGUAUCGGCAGUACCUCCAGGGAUCUCAAAACAAAAUUGCACAGGUGGAGUUCUUUUGAAGAUUGCGUUGAUCAAAUCAAGGCGUGGGUGAAACAAGCCGAGUAUCAAUUGCCGCAGGAAUUAGAACUCAAAGCCACUUUAGACGAAAAACGAGCCCAGUUACAGAUUUAUCGUACGCUUUUACACGACGCCUUAGCGCAUCAGCAAGACAUACUCAAUCUGCGAGAUAAAAUCGACAAUCUACCGGAACGCAACGAAAAUGUGGACCAACAACUGUCGACCCUUGUUGAGCAACAUGGCAAGAUACUAAACAGAGCGCAGCAGUUCGUCGAACGUUACGAAGCCAUAGUCAGCAACCAUCAACAGUACAGCAAGGCCGUCUUGGACGCACACGAGUGGAUAGACGCGACGAAUAACACAAUCACUCUCUGGGCCGAUACGGAACUCGAAAGGGUGACUUUACACUCAAACUUGAAACGCUUGAAAAACUUACAAGAGAGCCUUCCCGAGGAAGAAAACCGAAUUGUUAAAAUUCAAGAAAUCGGCGAUAAAGUAAUUCCCGGUACAAUUGAGCAUGGACAAGCUAACAUUCGAUCCCAAAUCGACAGCUCGCAACAAGAAUGGGCCGCCCUCAAUUCCCUAAUCUCUAACACGGUGAAAGCGUUGGAGAGUCGACUGCAAGGCUGGGCAGAAUACGAGUCGAUGAAAGAUCAAAUUCUCGCAUGGAUUCGCGAUACAGAUACGAAACUGCAUUUAGUAGAUCUGAAACCGACGGCGAAGACUAAAAAGGAAGAGUUCGAUAAUCUGAAGAAGUUACAGGGUGAAAUACGCGCCAAGGAGCUCGAGAUUGACGCGGUCACAGAGCGAUCGCAGCAACUGACCAAGACCGUUGGCGCUCGGGGAUCGCAAGUUUCUGAACUGGGAAUCAAGUAUCAGCAAAUCGCACAGAAGAUCAAGGAGAUGGUUACGAAAUGGCAACAAUACUACACCGUCCACGAAGACCUCGACGCCAAGGUAACAGAAUGUGUCGAAUGGCUCGACGAUAUUAAAAACAAGAUUAAUUAUUGUUCCGAUUUAUCGGCGCCCUCCCAAAAAGAUUUGGAAAACAAGCUGGAGACCAUUCAAGACUUGCUGCUAGGCAAGGAGGAGGGCUCGGCAAAAAUUCAAGUCUUAGUCGAGUUGGCGCAGAGCGUUCUUGUAAACACCGCACCUAGCGGACACGACCUGAUCAAUCAGACGCUUGCCAAUCUACAAGAGGAAUGGUCAAAUUUGGCCUCGAAAAUGAUCGAAACCAAGGCGCUGAUAGAUGAUUCCAUUACAAAGUGGGCGGGAUUACUUGAACAGAUACAAGGACUUGACAAGAUAAUAAGCUGGAUGGAGACCCAGCUAUCCGAAUUAUCCGAAUUCCAAAGUUCCAUACCGGAAAAACGGGCGCAGCUCGAUCGUGUCAAGGCGGUCGAGGAGAAGACUCGGUGCGAAAAGAUUGAGGUUGAUAAUCUGAGUGCCAAAGCGAUUGAAAUGUUGGCCAGUGGACAGCAGAGUCAGGCGGCAACACAAGCCAAAUCCAUUCUGGACAAAUUUAAUAAUUUGGCCGAAAGUAUUGGGAAACUUUUAUUGGAACGGGAGAAUCAAUACAAAGACCAUAAAAUCUACAAGGACGCGUACGACGAGUUACAACGCUGGCUUAUUAGAGCUCAAGAGAAGAUGCCACAAAUUAAGCAGCGUCCGCUAAGCGAUAAGUUAGCGGUAGAAAACUUAGCGGCUCCCAUUGACGCUCUGCUUAAUAAGCAAGCUCAAGGCGAGGUGCUUUUGGAUCACCUGGAGCAAAGUGCCGAAGUUGUUUUGCCAACCACCAGCCCGGCGGGUCAAGAAAUUAUCAGAAACGAGAAUCGCGCGCUUCGCGAAAGUUUCGAGCGUCUAUUUAAAGAUCUGAAGGAGCAAAAGGAUCAAUUGGAAGUUGUUCUGGUACAUUGGCGCGAUUACAAAGAUGAGUACGAGCGCCUCUCUGACUGGCUGCAACAAAUCGCCAUCUUGAUUAAAAAUCAAAAAAUUGCAUUGUCGGCUAAUGUGCCUGAAAAAGAGAAGCAAGUGGAAGAUGUCAAAGACAUUUUGCAAAAGUUGGAAGCGGGCAAGGAGCAAAUUGAUAAAUUCAAUCAAUCGGCUCAAGUCCUGUUGAAUUCCCACCUGGACGCCUACGUCAACAAUCAACUACAACAUCUUAACUCAAGAUAUCAAGUCGAGUUGAAUCUUGCCAAGGACGUGUUGAAGAAAGUGGAAACCAACUUGGAACAGCACCGCCAAUAUCUGGAGAGUUUGGAAAAAAGUCGCGCCUGGAUUGAGAACGCACGCGAGUUAAUCCGUAAUUGCUCCGAAUCGUCCACAACUACCAGCAAGGAAACUCUCCAAGCGCGUCUAGAUCAAAUUCAGGAGCUGCUGUUAAAGAGAGAGGAGGGCCAAAACCUGGUGCACGCAACUGUCAAUAACGGCGAGAAGGUGUUGCGCAACACUCGCUCGGACGGCCGAGAAAUUGUUAACAACGAACUUAAGCAAUUACAAAGCGAUUGGGAAAAACUGGUAAAGAAAAUGUCAACCGCGAAAGUGCAUCUCGAAACCGCUCUACUGCAAUGGGCCGACUAUGACAGUUCAUAUUCUCAGUUGCAACAGUGGAUUACGGAUCGCGAGGCCAAACUGCAACAGGUGUCCGAACAAAAGGUUGAGAGGACCAAAGGGCCGACGGGGUUGAACUCGUUACCCAUCGUCGAGCGGAAGGCCACCUUGCGAGAAACAAACAGCAUAGUGCAAGAUAUUGUCUCUUUCGAACCGGUGAUACAGUCGGUCGCGUCUAAAGCGGAAGACCUUAUGCAAGCAGCUCCAGCAUCGGAAAUUUCUAACAAGUACGAGAAUUUGUCCAAGCAAGCCAAGGAGCUGUAUGAGAAGCAAAAGGAAACUGUGGAGCAGCAUCAGGCUUUCAUCGAUUCCGGAAACGACUUUGUACAAUGGCUUCGAAUUGCAAAAGAACGUUUGAGCAAAUGUUCCGAACCAACUGGCGACAAGGAAGGUCUCGGAAGCAAACUGUCUCAGCUCAAGGUGUUGCACAGCGAAAUCCCCGAAGGAAAAGCGAAGCUCGAAACUGUGUUAGAAACUGGGGAGGCGGCUUGUCAGGGUGCCGACGAAGAGGAUAGGGAAAUUAUAGAAGAAGAGGUAGCACUCUUACAAGACGAUUUCGACAACUACGUAGAAAUGCUGAACAAUACCAAGAAUCUUUUGGAAACGGGAAUUGUGAAAUGGGCCGAAUACGAAAGUCAAUACCAAGACGCUUUGGAUUGGUUGGCAAAAACGGAAAAACUCGUGCAGUCCUACAAUAAACUGCAAAACAAUCUGGAGGACAAGAGGCUGGUUCUCGAACAGUUCCAAGGUCAUUUACAGACAUUGUUUGAUUGGCAGAGAGAUUUGGAUAAGUUGAAUAUGAAAGCGCAAAUGUUACUCGAAACGUGCGCCGAUACUAGAAUCAGCAAUGCGGUCACUCAACUUGCCACGAAGUAUAACGCGAUACUUUCGAUGGCGAAAGAGAUAAUGAGGCGUCUAGAGUUACAUUACCAAGAACAUCAGCAGCACAACGCGCUAUAUCAAGAAUGUCAAGACUGGGUGGAAAGAACCCGUGAAAAACUCAACGAGUGCCAGGACGUACCGGGUACUUUACACGAGGUAAAGAACAAACUGCAGAUGGUUAAGGGAAUACGUACUUCCUUGGAGCAAGGCCAAAACAAGCUGAGGUACGUACUCGAACUUAAGGAGAAGGUCAUCAUCAACACCGAGCAAGCGGGCGCGGCGAAAAUAGAGGAAGACACGGAAAAUCUAAAACUAGACAUGGAGAAAUUGCUGAAUGAUGUAAACGACGUUAGAAACAAGCUAACCGGUCGAAUGACCCAGUUGGAAGAAAUUGCAAAGUUGCACAAGCUGUUGCAAGACUGUUUAAACGACAUCGAGCAACAACUGCAAGGCGAGCAAGAGUAUUUAAAUGACUUAAGCGAGAAAAAGGCAAAGUUAGAGAAGUUCAAAGCAAUUUUGAAAGAGCUAGGUUCGCAAAGUGACCUGGUAGAGAAACUCAAGGCGAAAUUGACCGAAGACUCCACAUUAAAAGUGGACGAGUACGAAACCACAUUUAACCGUUACAACGAUCUCCGUCAACAAAUCGAGGACGCCAUUCAGAGUUUGGAAAAUCAAGUCGAAAGACACAGUCAGUACAAGUUGUCGUUUGACAGUACAAUGGAUUGGAUUCGUAAAGUACGUUUGGAAGUUCAAAAAUGUUCCGAUCUCCACGAAGAAAAGGGUAAAAUUAUUGAAAAACAAAGUAACGCGCGCGAUAUUUUGAGUAAACUUCCGGAAUGUGAGGCCCUCGUCAAUAAAACGGUGGAACUCAGUGACGACGUCAUGAAAACCACCUCGGAUGAGGGUAAAUAUGUGAUUAAGCAAGAGGGCGAACAGUUGAACAGCGACUGGGAGGGGUUGCAGGCGAUUUGUCGCGAUACCGAAAAGGCGCUCACUCAUUGCCUGAAUGCGUGGGAGAAUUUCACGGGAAAUUAUGAGGAACUAUCCAAGUGGUUGGAUGAACACCAGCAGAUGGUGAACGUGGAACAGGAAGCGGAAAAUAAAACACCCGAAGACUUGGAGCGGUGUCGGAAGUUACUAAAUGAGAUCGUAUCCCAAAAACCGAAGUUGGAAGAUUUGAAUGACGAUUGUGAGUCGUUGAUGGAAUUAUGUUCCUGCGCGUGGGUACGCGACCAUACGGUGCAGCUGCAAGGAGCCUACACGAAUUUGCUUACGGCCGCUCAAGGUUUAGUUUCUAAACUCGAGAAAAAUUUGUCCGAUCACACCGAAUUUAUUAAAGCGAAGAAGGAGUUGGAAAACUGGUUGUAUACCGCACAUGGAAGUGUACAAGACUGUAUCGGAGUUGGUGAUGAGAGCAUUAUCAAGGACAAGCUAGAGACAAUUAGAUUAGUGUCUAUUCGUAUGACAGAAGGACAGCACUUGUUGGCGGUUCUACAAGACGCCUUUACAAAGGUCAUCGACACAACUCCGCCUAAUAAACAGGAAGGUCUACGCGAGGACAUGACCACUUUGAGAAACAGUUGGGAUCAGCUGACGAUCGAUAUUACUUCAAUACAAGCUCAACUAAAAGCAGAUUUGGCUCGUUGGGAAUCUUAUGCCGAUACGAAAAAGCACUUCGAAGACUGGAUGUCGGAGUCCGAGCAGAUGUUAGCCGAAGUUCCCCAAACUAACGGGGAACUAGGCGAGAUGAAAACAUUACUGGAGCGUUACAAGAACUUACUUCUAGAAAUUGAAACAAAAAAAAUCGAUCUGGAUCGCUUAAUUUCUGAAGCCGGCGAGCUCAGUUCCUGGGCCAAGAAAAAUACAGUUCUCGACGAAAUCAAGCAAGUGGAACAGCGUUACUUUAAGUUACUCCAAGCGUGUAUCUCUAAAAAGGAAAAAUUGGAAGCGGAACUCAACGAUCACAAUUCCUACCAUCAAGGACUGCAGGAGAUUGAAAAGUGGCUGCUGCAAGUAUCCUUCCAGCUGAUGGCCCACAAUUCACUGUACAUCACUAACCGCGAGCAAACCGAACAGCAAAUCGGCCAGCAUAAGGUGUUAUUAGACGAAAUCGAGCACUAUCAGAGUAACAUUGACAAAGUGAAAGCCAAGGGAAAAGCUCAAGUGGAUCUGUACGCAGCUGAGGCACCCGGUUUUAAGGAUGCCGUUGAGAAGCAACUGACUAACGUUCAAGACAGUUACAAUUCACUCUUACAAACGGCACUGCAAAUACGCAAUCGCCUACUCGAAUCUCUCGCAAAGUUUAAGGAGUACGAAGAUACGCUCGAAAGCAUUAUGUCGAAUUUGGACACGUACGAACCGGUCAUCAGCGAAGACCUCAAUAAACCCGUGGCGAAUUUGAAAGAAGCGCACUCGCAGCUGGAGGUCGCUAAGACGGUCCAUGGGAAAUUGCAAGCGGAAAAAUCACGAUUGGCCGUUGCCGUGCAAGCGUGCGAAGCGGCGACCGCUUGCAUCAGUCGUCCGAGCAGUCCUAGGGAUAUUUUACCUCCUCCAAUUCCGCACCGUGAAAUGGAAGUGAGGGUCCGACUAGAAGAUCUUAUCGACCAGAAACACAAGGAUCUGACACUACCAGAGGGCAGUGAAAGUCGACUUAAAGUAUUACUGGAUCAUCUCGAGGCGCACGGCUUUAUUAAAAAAUUGCACAACCAAUUUGAGAAGGUUCAAUCGCAUCUUGGAAAUCUAUCGACGUCCGUGGCCGAAUUUGAAGAACAGCAGAAGCAACGGUUGGCACUAAGAGACUGGAUCGUAUCCCAAAAGUCGAUCGUAAACGAGUGGCGAUUGCGACCAACGAAGUUACGUAUCGACGCGGCCAAGCAAGAGCUAAACAAUAUGAACGAUCUACUGACCACUAUUAACCAAAAAAGAACCCAGUUCGUUACCGAUUUUCCCGCAAGUCUCGAGGAGAAUCAGGAGCUGGAGCAGCUCCUGGAUAGUCUCGAGGAAGACCUCAUCACGGCCAUUGCGCAAAAACAGUUAAACCAAGACGUAAUAGACGCCUUUAAGCAAAACGUGCAAAGUAUCAACAAUUGGUUCGAUAAUCUCGUGAAGCGCAUCGACGCGAUUGACAAAGGUUCGGGACUUAACUGCGUACAGAAGAAGUCCGCCAUACUGGAGCUGGAAGCGGAAUUUAAUGAUCAGGGGCCCAAGCGAAUUGACGAAGUGAAACGGUUAGGUUCGCAGGUGAUCGACAUAGUUAGCAACCUGGAUUCCCAGCAGGUGGAGGAACAACUUAAAACCGUCGAACGUCGCUAUAAUGACAUAGGGAAACGCCUCCAGCGCAAAGCACAAAUUUUGGAAAUGACGAAAAAGGGCAUCGAGGACACGCGAAACGAGAUCGAACAAGCCCGCGACUGGGUAAAGCAGAAAUCAAUUCAGCUCCAGAAACAAACACCUCUCGGAUUCGAGAGCAGGAAAGUCGACGACAAACUCAACUCGCUAAAAUCGCUGCUGAAGGAGGUGGAAAACAAGAAGAUAUUACAAGAGACGUUGUUAAAACGAGUGAACGGUAUGACGAACGAACUGGAACCGUCAGAGCAAAACCAAUUGGAGGCCGCGCUGAAGAGCCUCGGGAACGAGCAAGAGGAGCUCGUCGAAAAAAUUAAGGCAGAAGUCGAACGUGUUCAAGGCGCCGCCAAUACUCGGCGCACAUUUGAAAUUAACCUGGAAAGGGCAAGGACUUGGCUUAAGGCUAAAAAUAGCGAAAUCCGCAAGCUGAGCGGGUACCUGCCGCUUAAAUCGUUGCAAGUCGAGCAAGAAAUCUAUCAACACAAACUGCACCAGGCGGAAAUCAAGCAUUUUAAUGAGGGUGAUCUGAACGACGUUCUAAAGUUGGGCAGUAGCAUUUUGAAGGAGUGCGACGAAGGCGAGCGCGAACGCCUGCAAGCUCUUCUAGACGAGGUGAAAGAAGAAUACGAAAACCUACAGCAGGAAUCGCAACAAAAGAUUUCGGCACUAGAUGAUCUACUUCAGGGACGUAAGCAAUUCGAGAACGAGAUCGACAAGUGUAACAGCUGGCUGAAAGAGGCGGAAGUAGCGACAUCGGCUGAAAUACGAGCUCCAAACUUGGAGGUGCUCGAAGAACAAUUAGUUAAAUAUGAAAAAUUAGAGCAGGAAUCGAAGAGAGUGAAGGACGAUAUUGAGAAGAUCACGGAGCAGGGUAAGGCAAUCCUGCCUACGAUAACGGAAAGUGACAAAAUCGCUCUGAACGAAUUGGUGAACACGCUCAAAAAUCGGCACACUGCCAUCGAAGCCAUAAUUCAAGAACGCACUAAUGCGUUGAAGCAAAAUAUAAAGCAACAGAAAGAAGCCGCGGAGCGCCUCGCCGAAGCCCUUCAAUACCUGCAGGACAUACAAAGUCAGCUGAAAGAGUUAAAUAAGCCGAUCGGUAGCAAGGUGGAGGACGUGCAGGGUAUCAUAGCAGAGUACGAUCGAAUUUUGACCGAUCUUAAGGCGAACAAAGCGAAAUUAGCCGAAGGACCUGGCGCGAAUACCCCCGAAUUACAAAACGUUCUCGUCCAAGAGGACGAUCUGAUUAAAACCAUUGAAGAGCAGAUCGCGCGACUUAGACAAUUGCUCCUACUUCGAGAGCAAUUCAUUUCGUUGAUCACCGACAUUAUGACCUUCAUAACCAAAUACACCGGCGUGGUUCGGGACAUCGAGAAAUCCGGAAAGACGGUGGAAGAGCGAAUUAAGCAGUACGACGACAUCAUUCUCAAGAUACAGACGUGCGAAGCGAUGCUGGCGUCGGCCGAGGACAAAGGUCAACAGAUUGCGGCGGACGGUUCUGCUCAGGACAGAAAUAACGUUACCGAUCAAAUUCAAUCCGUAAAGCAAUCUCUUCAGAACUUGCGACGUGCCGUCGAGAAACAACGGAGGGAGCACGAACAUACGGCGGCCGAACACAGAAAGCUGGCUUCCGAACUGGAAGACAUUUUGGACUGGCUGCACGCUAACGAGGCAGUUGUUCGAUCGCGACCACUUUUGCGUCGUGACAUCAAGAGCAUUGAGAAGGAGUUGGAAAACCACCACGAGUUGAGAACUAACGUGAACAAGUACCUGGACCGUAUACGUGAAGUGCAAGAAUCGACGAAGCACGAUGACGGAAUGCCCGGGUCCCUGCUCGAGCAGCUGUCAGAGGCCAACUCUCUACUAACGUCCUUACCGCGCGAGCUUGAAGAACGCGAGAGAUACCUGUUAACCAACAAGGACCUACGCGAAAACUACGCCACUGUCAAACAAAAACUGUUCGACUGGGUGAAAGAGGCCGAACUACGUCUGCAGGCCCACAAGAACGGCGUAGAUUUCGAAAACAUCCUCGCCGAUCUCGAGGAGCACAAGGUGUACUUUAGCAGCGAGGUUCCAAUUAAGGAGCUCGUCUCGCAAACCAUUCAGCAGGCCGCCGACAAAAUCUGGCCGAGCCUAACGCCCAACGAGCAGGAAGAGCUGAGCAGGGAGCAGCAGCACCAUACCCAGACGCUGAAAAAUACGCUGAACACCGCGAAAUCUCAGCAGGCGCUGAUGGAGCAAAACGCCGAAAUCUGGAAGGACUACUGUCAAACUUUGGAUAAGGUUAAGACGGCGAUAGGACGCACUAAGUUCGUCGAUGAACCCGUUUCCACUCUGGCCGGCCUUCACUUUAACCUGCAGAAGAUCACCCACGCGUUAAAUGAUAUACAGAAUCAACAAAUCGAGUUAGAUUUGCUGUUAGAACGCGUGAACGAAAUAACGAGCCAGGCAAAUCAGCACAAUAAGGAGAAGAUCGAACGACAAAGUGCGGAGGUAUCUGAAGAAUGGACCAAGUUGGUAUCAGACCUGGAAAAUCGCCGUGACACCCUUACGAAGCUAUCGCAAAUUUGGGAGACGUUCGAGGGACGUUGGCAAAACUUCGAAAGUCUUAUUAAUAGUAUCGAAGAACGCAUUAAGCACAUCGACAACGUCGUCAGAAACAAGCAGCAUGUGAUUGAUACAAUCAAGUAUAUCGAGGAACUGCAAUCGGAGGCAGACUCCUUGGUGAAGUUUAAGGAGGAGGUCAAUCAGCUAUCGCAAACUGUACUUAUCUACCUGGAGGCGGCAUCAAGCGCAUCAGCUAAGGCCCUAUUCGACAAACUGCACAAUUUGAAUCAAAGUUAUCAGGGCCUUCUAGACGUUUUGCAAGAAAAACACUCAAAAGCGAAUGCCGAUUUGGCAGAUAUAAAUCGCGCGUUUUCGGAUAUUCACAAGUUCAAAGAAUCUCUGUCGCUGCUUCUCAAGGAGAUCAAGAACUUUUAUACGUUUGACGAGGACGUCGCACGUACAGAAGGCGAUUUGAGAAACCUAUCGAAUAAGGUCUCAACACAAAUUAACGAGGGCAAAGAUUUGAUUUCCGAAAUACGCGAAAAGUAUAACCGCUCCCAGCAGCUCGUUCCCAUAGACGUGUCCCAAGAACUGACAAACCUCGAACUGCUCACCGAGACGCUCGUCAACGCCAUGGACGAGAAGAAUCGCGAAUUCAAAAAGGCUCGAACCGUUCGCACCGAUUAUGCGCACGACGUUGACGAAAUUCAGAAUUGGAUUAAGAAGGCGGAACUCAAGAUCCAGGAUCGCUCGACCGAACCUCACGCUCUCAACGAGUAUCUGCAGGAGAUCCAAUCCGAAAUGGCGAGCGUGCUAGACCGCUACGAAAAGCUGGUUAAGAAUGGCAAAAUUAUCAUCGGAAAAACGAGGAGCGACGAGGAAAAGGCGAUCGUGCAAACUACCAUGGAUAACAUAAGCGAACAGCUGCAGCAAUUGCGCUCCUUACUGGACGAGAAGAAGCAGCAGGUCGGGGAGACCCUCGACGCAUGGCAACGCUUCCUCGCGCUAUACCAGGCCGUACUAACCUGGGUGGAAGAAAAGAAGGUCUUCCUGCAGGAGUCCCUGUACAUCAGCACAUUACACGAAGCCCGCCAAAAGUUGCACGAUUAUUCCAAUGCCGCCAAGACCUGCAAGGUCGCCUCGAAAAACCUGAGCGAAAUGGCCAAGGAGUUGGACUACAUCAGUUCGGUAACCAGCGUCGGCGAUCUUCCGCAGAAAAUGGAGCACGCCGAAGAAGCGAAGACAGGCGUGGAGGCGAAGAUCUUGGAGAGGAACGCGCUCCUGCAAGAGACCGCCGAGGAAUGGGAGCAGUGCGAGAAGAAGAUGAAGGACGUGCGGAAUUGGAUGGAGAAGUCGAAGAACUCGCUCGAAUCGCCGCAGAACAAAAAACGGCCACUGCGCGAUCAGCACGCUAUACGCGAGAAGAUGCUCGGAGACGUUUCGAUACAGAAGGCGAAGAUAGCGAUUUCGGUUGAGAAACUGGAGUUGCAUUUCCGUUCGGGUAUCGGAGGCGACUCGAAGGUUACGCAGGCGGCUGAAGAUUUGAUGGGCGAGUUGGACGUCUUCUUGGAACUCGUCCGUAAUCAAACGCAUCAACUGGAAAAGGCCUUCGUGCAGGUCGAGCAGUACCAAAUGGAAGUACAGCAGCUUCGCCAGCAGAUUGUUCAGUUGGAGCAGCAGUUGCGAACGGUUCUGGCACCGACGUAUCUACCUCACGAUCGAGAGCAAGCGGCCAGAGAUCAACAGGCUCAGGCUGAGAGUUAUCGCCGGCAAAUCGACAUCAUCCUCGUCAAGAUACGAGAACUGGACCCCAACUACGUCCUCCCGAUAUUAUCGGAACCCGCCUCGCUUGGGGUGACGUACGCCGAUAUAACUGCCGGCCGCUCCAGCCCGUGCCAUUUUGAUCGUCCGCCAUCCGAAGAACCUGAAUUUGUAAAGAUGACUUCGACCUUCGUUCCUGAGACUCCCCUCAAAAUUGCCACACAACCGGAACUAACUUUUACAGAGUACGAAAGCGAAAUUAAAACGAUCGUCAUCGAUACGGCGGAAAAGGCAAAGACCAAUAGACGCGGUCGCUCCCCGAGGAGACGCGAGGAUGUACAACCGGAACCCGAAACCCCCUCGGCAGUAACACUAAAAAAUGUUACCCCGAAGCCUGAACUUCUAAAGCUCGACGAAAAACCGAGGGGUCGCUCUCCUAGCCCAAUGUGGGUGCCCGGAUCCACAACUUACUCGGACGUGUUAAGAGGUCUGUAUCGCGAUACCGAAACCAUCGAGCCCCCUCAAACCAAUUACCAGCAUUUCGAGUACGUACACCCCGCAUACGUUAGUUCGGGACAACAGAUUAGCAUAUCCCACGAAGAGUCUCAGGAACCAAGCGCGAGGCAUCUUCAGCCAUCCAGUACAGAAACAAUGCCAUCUCAACAACGACCCCAAUCGCAAAACGACAAAACGAAGGAAGUGAGCCGAAUUGAGGAGACGCAACAUCUAACUGAAAACUCCUCCCAAAUAACUGGUCACCUUGGAGAGCCCACUGUCAAAUUGGUGGGUGGUGACGAAACUAUUGAUGUAAUUCCUAAAGACUUAGUAGUUAGUAGUUUAGCCGAAAAAAACGAUUUCCCAAAUACAGAUAAGCAAAGACGAAAGAAGAAAGUAAAAAGGACUAAGAAGAAAGCGGACGAAGUUACGCCGCUAACUGAGAUAAGCAAAACUUUUGAUCAAACCCAUACAAUUAUAACUCCUAGCGAGCUAAGAGAGAACGUUAUAAUGAGCCAUGAUAAAAACACUCCCGACGUAACCACGGAAGCGUCGAGUAAAAAAAGAAGCAAAGGAAAAACGAAACAAACGAUAACGACCGAUAAUGUAAUUUUCCGAAAAAGCGAGUCGCCACCAAAAACAAACAAAAUCAUUCUGAUUACACACGAAGAAGUGCGCCUAACACCUGUGCUGACCCUAAAAAUGGCCCUUCCCGAGCAAGCCAUAGAACAGUGGGAGUCGAAGGAGCACGACGUGAUAAUCUCGGAACCGCAUUCUCUCGAAUCCACGGCGACAGAUUCCGGCGUGAAUUUCACCGAUACGACCAGCGAGGAAAUCGAAUUGGAACAGAUCAUUUUUGGAUCCGUCAAAGAGAGACCCAGCAUGCGCAACUUUCAGUCCCAUGUCGAUGACGAACAUCUGGUCACUUUGGAGCAUGUGACAACACAAACGCAACUGUCAACGUCUAAAUUAGAAGUCGAAUCUGUCACAAAAAUGCACAGCGAAAGUGAAAUAGAUUUGAAGUCUCACGACGAGAUAGAAAAAGAUGUAAGUAAAAUGGAGCAGGUAGAGGAAAUUAAAACCCAAAAAAAGAAGGCAAAGAAACACGCUCAAGCGGUGACUGUUACGGACCCGGUCGAAGUUGGAGUUACUACCCCACCCUCUGAGUCUAGUCACAGAAAGAAGAAGAGCAAAAAACUUCCGGUAUCAGAUGCGAAAGAUGUAGUAAUAGCGUCUGAAGUUUUGAGCUCAUCUGCAUCUGAAACCAGUAAAAAAAAGAGCAAAAGGUCAUCAGAUAUUACCAAAACUGACGAGAGUGAAGUCAAGAAUAAGGACAUAAUGCCUUCAUCAUCAAAUACAUCACAAAAUCUAGGGAUUGAUACGGAAAUUGAGACCACGCAUGUAAUCGUAACCAGUAAGAAGAAGAACAAAAAACCAUCGCCAUCCCAUACGUCCAAAGGUGGUGAUAGUGUAGGGGUCGAGUCGAUUGUGACCUCGGACAGAAAAAUACAAAUAUCUUCACCACCAAGUACGCCCAAAAUUGAUGAAAAUACGGAGGGAACUGUGAUUUCAUCUCUCCUGGAAACUAGUAAGAAGAAGAACAAGAAAACACCAUCACAUACAUCCGUAAUUGACACCGGCGCUGCUAUUGUGUCGGAUACUGUAUUCGUACAGGAAUUCGAUAAGAAGAAGAGCAAAAAAUCGCCACGAUCAGAUCCAUUAAAAGCUGAUGAAGGGGGCGUAAUCGAGUCGGAAGCUAUCGCCUCUCCUGCGCUCGAAAGCCGCAAAAAGAAACAUAAAAAAACACCACCAGCAGGCGAUAAGUUCGAAAUUAAUGAAUCAGAAAUGGUGCUUUCGUCGGCACCCGAAACCGGAAAGAAGAAGACCAAAAAGUUAGAGACAUCAGAUGUGCCUAAAGGUGAUCAAGAUGUAGCGGUAGUUGAGUGCGAAAUCGCAACUCAGGUUGCAUCCGAAAGCGGUAAAAAAAAGAAGAAAAAUAAGAAACAAAAUCUCGACAAUACGAUAGAAGAAGUGAAAAAGGAGCGGCGAAAGAAAUCUGACCGAGUCAAAUCGGUUUCUUUUGAAGAAGUUCCUCAAAUUAUUAACGCCGAGACAAAAUCGACUGAUUCGGAAAUAACAUUUUCGGAAGAAGCCGUGACUGAAGUGACGCCACUGACUUCUAACGUAACCGUACCCUACAAAGGUUUGCCUAUGAGCGACGUAUCGGAUUCAUGGAUGGAUACUGAAAUCAUUCUUUCUGAUGACGAAGUUGAGAUGCCGAUAGCCGAAUCUCAACUAACGGAAGUGGCGCUCUCGAUAAAAGGCGUUGAGCCGUUGCCAGAAGAUUCGGUGCGUCAAUUAGGCGACCCGAAAGUGGAGUACAGAGGAUUACCUUUAGAUAACACCAGCGAUUUGUGGAUGGAUUCGGAGAUUGUGAUUUCAGACGAGGAAGACGUACCACCGCCGGAAGAAGCACAGAUGAUGACCAUCGCUCAAGCGCCCACUCCGCCAUCGGAUCCUAUUCUUGUUCAAGAGGAUAUACCAAUGCAGCCCCUCGAUGAAGAGCCUCGGGCUGCGUGCAAAAGAUUUGUAAAGGUAAUAACACUGCCGCCUCCAAAAUUAAUCGAGCCCAUCCCCAUCACUGAAUCACAGUUGGAGAUAACCGAACAAUCAAAGACACCCUUAGAUAAUUCAAGUGAUUUGUGGAUGGAUUCCGAAAUUGUAAUCUCUGAUGAAGAAAAUGUAAUCUCGCAUGAUCAAGUGGAGCAAAGCAUUGUCGUGGGGGAAGCAAUAACCACCCCACCAUCGCAUUCUGUUCAAGAGCAUGUUUCUUUAGAUCAUAUAACAGAAUUGGGGGUGGAUCCAGAGGCAGUACUGCCGGAUAAAAAAUCUGUUGAAGAAACACAUCGACAGUUGGAAACAAUUGAGUUAACCAUCAAUGAGUCAAUAAAAGUUGAGGUUCCGUCUGAGCAGCGAAACGUUCUACAAAUUGAAGAUACAAAAGUUAACUAUAAAGGACUGCCUUUAGAUGACACAAGUGAUUUGUGGAUGGAUUCAGAAAUAGUACUGUCAGAUGAAGAAACAUUGGAACAACCGAAAGUAUCGCAGCCACUCGAUGACUUGGAUCAAAAUACUGAUUCUCCAAGCUCUCCAUUGCUGGAAGAAUACGAAAUCGUCGAACACGCUGACAUCGCCACAAUUACCGAAAGUACCCAUCUUACGACCGAUGCUUCGGCCCAAACCAAGGAGUACGUGCCUAAGGAAAGGAACUUUCGAGAUUUUGAUUUCGAGAUGACGAGAAAGGUCCAAGCGCCGGUACCUGUCGAACAUUACUACGAGCUGAUUCCGAACUACAACUCGUGUAUUUUUAGAGAUGUCGAAAGAAAGCGAUGCGAAGAUUUGGUUAAAAAUGAAAAUCAAUCCUCCGCGCAUGACCUACCCCUUGACAUACAACCCUUGUAUCUGUCGAAGGUUGAUUUGUCGCAACCGGCGAGCGAGUUGGAGGAGUCACAGAUGAACACAGAACUGCAAUUAGAGGCACCGAAGCAUGACAUCGAAGAAACAGAAUCGUUAAAUGACAAAGAAUUGGCAAUGUUAGGGCUUCGAUCGGAAGUGUCACAUCAUAAUCCAAUACGAUUCUAUGAAGCGGAGAUGAUGUGGGAAUUAAGCAAAGUACGCAAAGUAGCAACCGAAACGCACGAUGAAUUGGAACCGGUUGCACCCGCAUGCACCGAAACGGAAAAGCCGUUCCAUUCGAAUUUAAAUCCAUACGCGAAGGUCUUUGUACCCGGUGGGCAUUCACAAUUUCCCACAACAACAACGGUAACGUAUCCGUCGCAACCAAUUGAACAAACCACCAGGUGGGAGUUUGAAGAAAAAUUGUCUCCAGAUUGCGCUAGUGAUGUUUGGGAAGAAUCCAAUGCAAUAACUCCGGUAGAAAAGGUCACAACGGAAGAAAUGCCCACUCCCAAAGAAAAACCCAACCUUCCAUCAACAGCGUGGCGAGAAGGUGAUACAAAGGAGCAAAGACUACGAGAAGAACCUUACCAAUUUCCUCAUCGCGCAAGAAUAUUCAGCGAUGACUUCAACGAAUCUAUAGAAAUACCGCCAGACCACGAUAGCAACCGGUGGGUUGAUAGUAUGCUCCAAGAAGCGACCGAUGAGUUACUACCUGAUGUGCGGCAAACCACAUUGGACGUUAAGAAGAAGCGGCACCACAAAUCAAAGUCGCCGAGGCGUAAAUCUAAGGAAAAACAAUUGGAAUCGCCCGUUACGCAAAAGGAAGAUCGUACAGACGACACACCUGGUGAUAGUGAAGUUACAUAUGAAAUUGAUGUUCGAUUCUCUAAAGACAACGACACGAUUGAACCGGUCUCAAAAAUUAGAUCAUAUGCGGACAUUGCUGCCACUGAUCGAGCGCAAAAUUCACCAGAACCCAGCAUAGAAGUUUCUCCAAUCUUAAAGGAGCCAAUUCAAAUCAGAGUAGAAGUAGUUGAGGAGAAGCAUUCACAAUAUUUCGAACCCAUUUUAGAUUCCGAAGGGUUUACCGAAUACCACUCUCGCAGGGAUAAGAGAUCGCGGUCUCGUACGACGUCAGAAUCUGAAUGCGUAACCGAACAAAUUAGACCCUCUGAAGAGACGUCGUCAGACGAGGAUGUUCCUUCGAAUUUAGAAGUGCCUACAAAGAAGAAGCGGUCACGAUCUAAAAGAAAGCAGAAAUCAGAUGACACUGGCGGAUUCGAUAUUCCAGUUGGAGACGCUAGUCCUGUGGAGCUUCCUGUAGAAGUUGAUUUAGCCGAGGAAGAAAGUCCAGCGGAUACACUGCAGGUACUAAAGAAGCAUAAAAGGAAGAGGUCGCGAUCUGGGAAGAAGGGCGUCAAUGAUCCCGUUGCAGAGACUGAAAAUAGGGACCAAACCCUUUUAGUUGAUACUGUCGAGGAAACAACCACGGAGAUACAAACAGGGUAUGCGCAGGGACCAAAAGAAGAACAGACUGUAGACAUUGAUAAGAACAGUGACGUGUUUAUCAAAAAUGAUACUCCUCAAAGAGAAACUGCAGAAACCCAAACAGCUGUGGCAGAACAGGAUGAGAAAAUGAUCAGUAGCGUUAUACCAGAAGAUGAAUCGAUGGAAAUCAAGAGUUUGGACUCCUCCGACCUGGAGGUGCAAUCUGAACCAAAAGCUGCAGUGUCGCCACCUAUAAAGCGGGAACGUUCCAAGAAAAAGGACGGGAAAACAUCUGAAAAGCAGUACGAAGUGUUGUUUACAAUACGUGUCACUGGAAAAUCGACCGAUGAGAACCAGCAGGAGAACAAGGGCGAAGAAAGUUCAGUGACAACAAAGCAUGUGCCUGAAUUGCCAGAAACUAGUACAGUCACGGCAACACAUAACGUUCAGGAUGACAGUGUUGUCGAAAAAAGCGAAUGGAAAGAACCUACAGCCAAUGUUUUUGAUUAUGUACCAGAUGAAGACACUAAACAAAUCGAUUCAGCGACUACAAGCAUCAUAGAUAAUGCGAGUGAUAUUGAAUUGUCUGAAAAACAAAGACCAAGAGCUUCGAAGAAAAAAAUGCCAGAACCUUCCACGAUUCCUGUUGUGCCCCAAAUAGAAGCUGACGAUUUUGAACACAAAGCUGUAGCGAUAUUGGAACCUAUUACGGUUGAAAAAGUAAGCGAAGAUCCGCAUUUGGCAACGCCGGAUAAUCCGAGGAAAAAAAGGUCACGUUCUAAACGAAAGGACCAGGCUCGCACAGAAGCUUCGAAACAACUGGAAGAAGUGGCAGCAGAGCAAGUCAGCCUUGUAACAUAUGCAAAUAUUGCCGCAACUAAAAAGUUGGAAACUCCCCAGAUUGAAAAUGUUGCGCACCCAGCACCCGCCGCGGAGCAGGUACAAAUUCGAACUGAAGUCGUGAGUAAAAGUGAUGCUCCCAACGAACCUUUUUCGAUCGACCGCGAUGGAUUUAUGGAAGUGGUUAGCAGAAAGCAGCGGCGAUCGCGUUCCAGGUCUUUAAACAAAGGGGACACUGAAGAGCAUCACAUAGCAGAUAAUAUCGCGUUGGUCCCUGAUGUUCCCAAGAGAAAGAGAUCGAGAUCUGGGCGCAAGAAACCUGUUGACGCACCAAAUCAAGAAAGUGCCUCUAAUCCGUUAGAAUCAAGUUUAGAGAUUUCGACUGGGGAUACGACGCAAAAUUUCUUCAACUUGGACGUAAAUGUCACAUAUGAAGACGAAGUUUCUACAGAAGACGCGGAAGUAGAAAACGUAUCGAAGACGAAACCGUCAAAACCUCGCAGAAAAAAAGACCACUUAGAGAUAAUCGAUCAUUUACCGCAUGUAGAAAGUGAAGAAAUAGAAGUUAGAGUACACGAGCCUACUCCAGAAGAUUCCUUGUCGCAAGUCACAGAACAGCCUGAUCCGCUCUCAACUAAAAUGCCAAGGAAAAAGCGAUCGCGAUCUCGAAGAAAGAAAGAGAAAGUUGAAAAUGAAGGUGGCUCCGAGGAACUGCAUGUAAAAGUAGAUUUAUCACCUUCCAAAGUGUCUAUAGAAGAGAAAACUGCAUCGGACCCUAGAAAAGUGCCAAAUGAAGAAGAGGUUAGAUCUGAACGCAGAUCUAAAUCGGAAGAUCAUAGUGACAAUCAAGUGCAAGCUUCAAUAGAACUUGCCAAAACGAAACGAGGACAGAAGAUGCGCGAAGACACCCUCGAAGAUACGCCCGUUAUGGAAUUUGACGUAACGACCACAGAAAUACUUGUAGAUGAGCAAGUUAGCCAGAUAAUGAAACCUGAUGAAAAAAUUUCAGAAGAAUUUGAGCAAUUGCAAAGACCAGAAGUUAGCCAACAGUCUGAUAAAGAAAUGAAUACGCCAUCUAUGGAUACUGAUGUAGUAUCUAUAGAAGCACAGUUUCACACAGUAUCUGACGGUCAAGUGCAGGCGAUAGAAACGCCGAAAAAGAAUCGGUCACGCUCUCGGCGGAAUAAAGAACAGAAUCGAGAUGACACUUUCAAAGAAAAGUGCGUUCAAGGAGGUUCAUCAACGCAACCCGUUGACGAAAUUCACGUAACUAUCGAAGGAGAGCAGGUUGGCACUUCGGAAACUUCUCCAUUAGAAGAUGCGAGACAGGUGGUACCCGACACUGAGAUUCGCGUUGAAGAAGCUUCAGAAGAAAAGGUGGAAAUGACUAAAGAACCGAAAAUUGCGGAGAAGAAAAGAUCGCGAUCUCGGCGAAAGAAUGAGGCAUUCGAUCAGGUGGUCGUACCAAUCACGGCCAAAAAUGUCCCAGGUCCUACACUUCAAGCCUAUGAGGAUACCCUAACUGAAAAUGAUAGGACGGAGAAUCAUACCCAAGAAAAAACUUCACUAACAGAAUCUACCACUGACCAGGAUAAGGGUUUGGUUUCAUUAACACCGACUGAGGUUGAGACCCAUUUCACUUAUGCGGAGGCUGCGGCGUCCCAGAAAGUUGCAAAACCAGUUCGAGAAGAGGCCAUAGUUCAUCGAACAUGUCAAAGAGAACCCAUUCAAAUACGAAUCGAAGUUGUUAGCGAACCCAUUGUUCAACACGCACCCAUUCCAACCGACUCGGAAGGUUUCACAGAGUUCUUAAACAAAAAAGAACGCAGAUCAAGAUCUAGAUCUCGAUCAAAUCAAAAAACUGCGGAACCACAAAUUGUAACAGCUGAAGAGGAAAUAGCUAAAUCUUUAGAAAGUGAAGAGCACGUUGUCAAAAAGGAGAGGGGCAAUAAAAAGAUUGCGGAAAAAGAAGAAGAGGUCUUCACAACCUAUCAAAAUGACGAAAACUGCUGUACAGGCGAAGAGGAGGAUGAGAAAAAAUCAAAGAAAAAAAAGAAGAAGCGAAACAAGUCGAAAGAAUUGUCACAAAAAGGCGGCUUAAUGAGUAUGCUCUCUUCGGUUAAGAAUGUACUGAAAAAAAAUUCACCUGAAGAGGAUGAUAUUCCAAAAGUGAACACAUCGGUAGAAACGUUAAUGCAACCAUUAGAACUAUCGGAAAACUCCUCGACACUAAUCGCCACGGAUUUGGAAAACUUUCUACUUAUGGAAAGGAGCAUUUCGUUACCGGACCACCCCACUAAUCUACCCGAGAAACGAUCUAGUUUCUUCGGAAACUUAAUCUCGAAAGUAACCGGAUCUAAACACGACCCGCCCAAUGAAAAGAAGAAAAAGAAGAAGCUCAAAAGUACUUCCGACACCGACGAGGAAAAGGGCGUACUCGAAACAAUUCGAGCAAAAGUUGCUGGCGCGUUAAGGCGCAAGUCUCAGACGCCGCCGCUUGAUCAAAAUCAGAAUCUGAAAGGAGACGGUCCAUUUUGGUUGGACAAGCACAUUUACACCGACGCCGAGGAACGCUACCAAAUGUAUCUCGCGCAACUGACGAAAACAAAAUUGACACAGGGAAGUGUUCCGCCCAACGAAGACGAUCACCGCGAUAAAGGCGGAGACUCGGGUAGUUCAAGUGGACGGGGUUCGCCCGAAGCCCCGCAACCCGAUCGGGCCUCGGACUUUUCGCCGAGUACGCGAUUUGCCAGCGCCGAUUUGCCCGGCGGUAUGUGCAGGUGGAAAGAUCACAGCACGUACCUGUCCGAAAUCGAGCCCGCGUACGAUAUCCUGGGCAUGCUAAAGGCGGAAAGUGACUGGAACGAGAGGCGGAUCGGUAUCGAUUAUCUAGACGCGACUCGCGAGCUUUCAGAAAGUGUCGCCGAGACUAUCAUUAAAGACACUGACCACUUUGACGAACCCACCCUUACCUUAGGGCCUCAAUUCCAACCUAGCAGCCGUUUACCAAUGGACGAAGUAGAUGGCAUCUCCUACGGUGGCGACCAUUCCAUUAAGAAGAUUGUUACCGAAGAUCUUCAACACCUAGGCGACGCCCUUCAUGAGACCGAGAGUCGUGCAUCAAACCUCCCCAGUGAAGAUUUGCAAUCGAUUUUGGUAGCCCUAACGAGUGUUAGUGGUGAUUUGAAAAAGCACGCAGCCGAAGCUAUCCGGCUGGAGAAUUUGGUUCUUCAGCUACCCUCGGAUAACGACGCCCAAAUUCUCGCAUCACAUUUGGCCGGAAUACGAACGAGAAUUGCCACCCUUCUGGCCCAAGCCGAAAAUGGUACAUUUGCGAUUGAGGCUGCACAUAAGUCCCAAAUAAAAAGGCGAGAGCAGUUAACACAGUACCAUCGGCUGCUUUUAGAAAUUGAGCUUUGGUUACAAACGACGCGCGAAUUCUUAAGCAAAGAAUCGCAAAGGACCUCGAUUAAUGAUAUUAAUAACGAAAUCGCUUCUUGUGAGAAGGUGCAACAAGAUCUAACGGCGAAAGAAAGGGACUUAGCCGAGCUAGCGCAGAACUGUGAGCAAUUCAGGUGUUACCCCAACUUACGUCAACUAACCGAAGAUCUCUUGGACCAGAUCAGAGGGAUAAAUAUCAUUUUUAACCAGCAAAAGUUCAUUCUAUCCAACAAGCUCGAGAUACUGCAGACACACUUAAUUAAAAUCCAAGAAGAAGGACAAUCUCCCGAAUUGUCGUUACAAGAUAGCACUCUCGACUCUAGUUCUAUGCCCUUUGAAGAAAUACCCGUACUUACCGACACCAAAGUAGUCACCACGACAAUUCAUCAGCAACCAAUUGGUGUAAGCAUCGAGACUCAAACCGGGCAAAGCUUGUCUUCGCCAGUGAUAACGCGGCAAUAUCCGGUCGACGUAGAUGUUCAAACCCUCGUCGAAAGACCUAGCGAAAAGGAAACGAUCAAAAUUUCAAAGACAAUAAUCGGGGACCAAGAAACUAUUCAAAUUGCAACGAAACCGGCCCCAACCGUCGACGGUGAAGGCGAUCUAUUAGUAGAAGCAGAUUACCGCACCAAACCAAACAUGGCGGAGAAACCGGAAGAGAAAACAACGGAGCUCCACAUACUUCACUCCAAAACCGAUAAGCCCUUCGAAACCGUCAUGGUAGAACCCGACGAGACCACGACAGAGGUAAUAGUAGAUGCCGAUGGAACGAGGCGAAUAAUCGUCAAAAAAUUACAACGCACUGUCGUAUCUCGUCAGCAAACCAUGCAGCAACAGCAUUUGACAACGUUGAGCACGCUGACCGAAGGUGAUGUACCCGUCAGCCAGUCGUUUUCGCAAGUUACUCUUCAAGGACAGCAAAGCAGCACGACGGUUGCAAGAGGAGACGGUCGCAAAGAAACAUUGACCAGUCAAAAUUACGGCGGAAAAAUAAUUUCAAGCGCGCCCGGGGGAGAGAUUGACGUACAAGAGUUUCAAUUGGAACCUGAGCACCACUACACGGUCGUCCAGGGUACCCAAGCGCCGGAAGUUGAAUUACAAGGCAUAAAGCUACACGAAGGCGACGUCGCAUUCGUCGACAAUCAAAACGCGCUAUUUACGCUCGAUCCCAAAAGCGAAGAGAUCCACACGUCCAGCUCCACGGUGCGCGCGGUCGUCCAACAGGUCACGAGGAAAAUUAUUAGAAAGACUCGCCGAAUUAUCAGGCGCAUCGUCAUAGUAGACGGCAAGGAGCAGGUUACCGAGGAGAUCAUCGAAGAGCCCGAGGAGGUGGAGGUAACCGAAGAAGGCAUACCGAGAGUAAGCAUUAAUGUAACGCGAACCCAAGAUGGUCAGAUAGUACAAGAGCAACAAAUGCAGGCCGAACCAGAAAUCGUCGAUCCUGACGAAAAUCCAAUUGUUGAUAAUGGCGAGAGGUACGUUUUUGAACAAGCCAUUGCACAAAAAUCACCAGCACUUGAGCCAACCACAGUUGUACAGUCGGCAAGUAGCGUUGUCAGUGAGUUCAUUGAGAAAGAGCGAUCGGCACCUAGUGUUGUCAAUACACGUAAAGUUGAUUCGGCACCUAUUGUUGAUGCUGCACCUGCCGUAACGACUCCAAUUCAAUUAUCUACGUCACGCAGUGAGGAACAACUAAUUAUAGUCGGAAGAGAUGAAGCGGAACCAGUAACCCAAAGUGUGACCACCAAUAUUUCACCAAGAGAACCAACGCCAGUGCCGGAACAAUGUUCUCCUCAAGAACCCCAAGUGGAAAAUUCGAUUAAAACGGUAAUUACCCAAGUGGUAACCGCUUUGCCUGGCUUAGUAAACAUAGAGCAAACAAAAUCUCCCCCAGAACCUGACGCGGAUGUAACUGUUGUAGACAUUAAAUCUGUCAGCCCGACGCCAAUCGAACCUCUUCAAUUUGAAACCCCGAAUCAAAAGCAAGAAAACUUACCAAUCGCUACCGAAACCGUCUUGAAACCUGAUACCAACACUCAGUUUAUUGUGACAGAACAGCAAAGUGCAUACCGACAGGCGCCAAACAAAGACGAAAUUACUCUACAUCUCGCCGAAAAGCGGAUUGAAGGAAGCGAACCUGAGCAAAAACACCCGAUUGGCGAACCGGCUACCCGUGGACUACACUUCAUACUUACCGUCGAAGAAAAGCCAUCAGAUCCUCAAAUUCCGGGCCCCAAAGUUGCGAUGGCCGUGCAAUUGGAAGAUACAGAAAGCGGUCCGGUGCAAAAAGAUAUUUACGUCAAUCUCCCCGCCCACCAACAGACUACUAAAAUCGAAUCGACAUCUCCGAUUAUUCCCAAACUCGAAGAAGGAGAAGAGGCGCUUUCUGUAACAAGCGAGAUCGAUCACGGAGGGACAAAGGGCAAAAAGAAAAAGAAGCAUAAAGAUUCGAGUAAAAGUGCAACUCCCGAUGAAGAAACGCGCCCACCUACCGCGGCGAGUGAUGACAAACCGCUUUCCGUCGAAACAUCCCUUGCGGAGUCUACAGAAAUUUUUAUACCGGACGAUUCGCACGAAUCUCCAAUUACUCCGAAGUACACCGAGGAGUUUUUGUUGACCGCUACGCCAGACGACGAAGACUUUUCAGCCGGGUAUGAACCUGAAGAUAAAACUACCGUUGACGAACACGUCGAUGACGGCGAUGAUAAGAAGAAGAAGCGAAAGAAACGUAAAAAGCAGAAGGAAAGGGUGGAAGAAUCUGAACCGUCCCUUGUUCCCAAAUCAAUCGAUGAAUCGUCCCCAAUCGGCGAAUCUGUUAAAUUUUCCGAUGAAGAAGAUGUGCCAUAUGUGAAGCCCGAAGAGCCGAAGAAGGACAAAAAACGCAAACACAAACAAAAGAAGUCGGAGUCUGAGGUCGGUCCGGAAUCGGAAGCUAGCCUCGUCGAAGCUCACUCGGACGAAGUUUAUUCGCCGAACGACUCCUACAAAUCAUUGGCAACUCCGUCAGAAGCCGGAUCCGUUAAAGUAAUCCAAGAGGGGUACCCUACGCCUCCCGAUAGUGAAUCUGUCGACUCUAUCACAAGUAAAAUCGUUACCACGGUUCCCGUGAUUGAAGCCGUGAUCACUCACGAAGUAACAAUGCAGACGUCUCCCGAAAUAUCGGAAAUUAUCGAAGACGCCAAAGUGGUAACGCCGGCGGUCGUCGAACAACCCAAAGUUGCCAUACAAGUUGAGCAGACCUCCGUUCAAACUUCUCCAGAAAUUCCAAUUGAAACGUCCGAAAUUUCUUUGCAGACAAUUGAAGUGGCCGAAGAGCCCAAACCCGAAACAGCCGAGACGUCGAGUCAGGUUGAAAUCGUCACAGCCGAAUUGGUUACCCAGACGUCGACACCAGAAGAAGUUCCCUCUAAACCGCACACACCAACAGUGACCGAGGUUAUAACCACCGAAACUUCCAUGCAAACUCAAAGUCCAGUUAAAGUGGAGGUGGUCGAGGAAACUGUCCAAACGGUAACACCCGAAACAGUAGAACCGGCGAGAAGCGACUCCCAAAUGCAAACGACAGAAAUACUUUCGCAAGAAGAGUACGUACAGACCAUAUCACCUGAUGUUGUACAAGUACAAACAAAAGAAACAUCAGAAUUUUCAACGCAAAUUCAUCCUCACGAUAUAUCAAAACCUGCCGAAGAAUACGCGCAAACAUCCCCCAUACCCUCAGCCCCUCCUCUCGAUGAGGUGACUCAAACAUCUCUGCCGUAUUACGAAACAAUCCCUCAGCAACCCGAAGUAUUGCCAACUCGCGUUGAAAACACAUCACAGACCCAGCCGGUUGUUAUCAAAGACCCUACAGAAACCACACCUUCUUCGUCGAUUGACGAAUCUUUCGAAGUACACGUCCAAGCGUUUGUCACGUUACCUUCCGACGCAGAUUCCAGCUCGCCCCAAAAGUCGGAAGUAACACUGACCAUGGACGAUGCAUCGUCAGACUUAUCGACCGAAUCUGAUCUUGACGUUGAAGUCACUAUUGAUGGAAAACCGCUAACGGCUCAACACGGCGUCGUGUCGUUCCUAGAUAACGAGAGAGCACAUUCGUCCCGUAAACGUCGGUCUAAAAAGCACAAGAAAAAACACGCCGAAGAAAAAGAUCUGUUCGCGCAGUUUAAACGUGCCGAAGAUGCAGAUUUGCUCGAUCCCAAUGAGCUUUAUUCAGAGGUUGUGAAGCGAGGGUCGCGUUCGUCGUCGCCGAUUCCGGGUGAGGGAGAGCAAAUCGUCACAUCGAAAAUCAUAACCGAUUUAGAUCUUACCAAAUUGAAAAGUAUGGAGCAGCCCAAACCCGAAACAUUUGUGAAAGUGUCUUUGAUAAUACCCGGCGAUUCGCCGCCUGAAAUCGAGACGCCUGUAACUACGGUUGAAAUUCAACCGUCGGAAGUUCUCGCAACGGAGCUGAGCAUUGAUACCGGCAUGCUGCCGCCGAAAGAGAAGAAGCCAAUCAAGCAGAAGGGUAAAAGUAAACAUAAGAGUUCUGUAACUAUUGAAGAGGUGUUAUCUCCUACUGAAAUUGUCGACACGCCUUUAUCUCCAACAGACGUUAUUUCUGAACAUAGAAGUGUGUGGACUCCGCCUGUUUCCAAACCAAAAUCGUCUAGCGACGACUUAAUUUCGGCGGAGAGGCAGACUAGCGUUUCGCAAAUUCCGUCUCAGAUCAACUGGAACCAAAUACAAACGCUGGAGAGGAUGAAAAACUUGCAAAACACACAAAAAUCGACCCACUUAAGCGAGGUGCUUUUCUUGGCCAGUUUGAAUGAACCCGUUACAGAAGAAAGUAUUGAAGAGAAAACUUACACUGUUCAACAAAACUUAAACGCGUUAAAAACUGCAAUUCGAAAAGGAGACGUGCUAGUAAUUCAACAGACCAUUGUCACCACAGUUGAGACGAUCACAACAUGGCUGCACACCAUCGAAUAUCGCAUUUACAUGCAACGUCAGCAAACGAGCGAUGGACCGUCUCGCGAGAAAGUCGAGGAGUUUAGUAACUUAAAAGAAGAAAUUGCGAACAUUGAGAGCAACGUUAACGAGUUACAGGCUGCUUUGGCGGAUACUCGCGACAUUUAUAAUGAGGAUGAACGAAACCGAAUGAAAAAUUACGUGGAGUCACUCGAAAGCCAACUGAGGGUCAUCGAAGAAGUUACUCAACAAAAUGAGAAAAUCGUCGCGGAUGAUUUUGCCCGUUGGCAGCAAUUUAUUAAUGGCCUCGAGAACAUCAGCCAACUAGUUCACGCCACCAAGCAACAGCUUCAUGCGCUGAUCGAAUCGGACGCUUCUCCACAAACUAAGCUACAAGAAUUGGAAGAAUUGGAAACGAUAAACCGCUCCCAUAUGCUGAAAACGGUCCAUCUCAUUUCGACAGCUCGUGGUCUUAUGCGUGACUUUCCAAAUCGAGAAAUUCCGUUAGAAGUGUACACCAUGCAUGACGUUACUAAACAGAUCGACCACCACAUUUCGGUACAGAGAGAAAAAGCCCUACAUUUACUGGCUCUUGCGGAAGAAUAUGUUCAAACGCUAAAGGAGUUUGCGCAAAUCAUCGAGAUCGCGGAUGCGCUAGUGGACAGCCCAAUCUCGGUACGCAGUCUUGAGCACUUGGAAGAAGAAGUGCAAAAUCACCGCAAAUUCUUUAUCAACCUCAGUCACUGCCGUGCUAUCCUGGAAUCUCUCGAAGAGAAUCUCGAUUAUGAAACUCGCGCUCUUCACUCCAAAUUGCAUCAAAAACUAUAUCAGCGCGCUAGUGGAAUUCUCGACAAAGCCGCCGGUAGGUUGCAACAGAUGUCGCUGGCCGCCUCUCGCUGGACGGUUCUCGAACAGGGAAUGAAAGAGGAACAGCGUUGGUUAGAAGUGGCUCGGGGCAGAGUCCCCGAUCUUAGUAACGUAACGUCCGUCGACUACGACCAAUACAUUAAUCUCUACCAAUCCCUAUCCAUGGACAUCACUCACCACCACACUAAACUAUCUCAUUUCAACAAUAACGCUCACAAACUGCAAGAGCUCAUCACCUGCACAAACUUGGAAGAAACCUACUCCCAACCGUUGGAAAUCAUCAUGGAACUUUACGAAGAUGUCAGCGGCAAAUUGAAACGUCUCCUGCUCUUCCGCGAAAGUUGGACGAACUAUAACUAUCAAACCGACAAGUUGGAGUAUUGGCUGAAGACCACCCAGCAAGAUUUGGAUAACAUAGAAAUGGUGCCAAACACUAACACGCCAACACCGGGACAUAUGAAACAAUUUUGGGAGUUGAAAGCGCAACACGAGGUCUACAACAAUACUAGAAUGGAGUCUGCGAACGCCUUAGAGAAGUCAAUGCAAAUUAUACCAGUCGCCGACGAAAUGCUGCAAAGGAAGUUCCAUUCGGAACUGCAAGAGCACUGGCGACACGUGUCCAAGCAAAUUAACGACAUCCAAAAAGCUAUUACGGAAAAUAUCUCGGCCCCAGAUGUACCGGUCAACGAAAAGUUGGCGCUGCUCGAGCAAGAGCUGGGCGAGAUCAAAUCGUUCAUCGAUGGCUUGGGGGGUGUCAUAAAAAACGAAGAAGAACUCAACCUGUACGUUGAGCGUCUUCAAAUCAUGCAGGGACGAGUUGACACGAUUCAAAACGAGCUCGGUCGGCUGGGUUUGCUGUCUUCGGACGAGUGCGAGAAGGUCGGCGGUCUGUUGGCGUUGUCGAAGAGCGUCGAAAUUCAGGUUGCCGAGGAACUCGAGGGCAGUACCGUCUUGAGAGAUCGCCUCCAGGCGAUCCAGCGCGGUCUGGCGAGGGUGCGUAAGAACCACUCGAGAUUGGAGCAGGCGCUGAAUCGGUGCGAGAGCUGCGAGAAACUCGGCAGCGACAUUGUGGAGAAGGCGGUUAUCGAUUGCCGCGAGGUCGGGGAGGAGUUGGUUACGCUUUGGCAAGAUUUGAUGGGUCUGAGGCAGCUGCUGCACACGCUCCCGAUGCGUUUACGCGUUACCGUGUCGCCCACGAAGGUCGAGCGGGAAAUCUCGCACUUGCAGGACGAGCACACGGCGCUAGAGAAAAGAUGCGGGCAGCUUUUGGCGCUGUUGAGAAGUCGGCUGGCGUUAUGGCAAAGAUUUGAGAAGCAACUCGAGUUGGUGCAGCAAAGCGUGCAGGAGGCGGACUUUAUGAUGGACUUACUUACUGUACAAGGACAGGUGGAUUAUGAACGGUUGUUGAAGGCAACAGAACGACUUGAGGGACUUUCGGGCGAUCUGGUGAAUCGCGAAACUCUAUUGGCCGAAUUGCGAUCUUGUGCCGAGCCCUUGGCGAGCAGCUGCACGCCCGAGGUUUCCGCGCAAGUUGAGGCAGCGGUAACCGAGGCGGUCACUGCAUGGGAAGACACUUGCACGAACCUGAGGGAGCUCUGCACCAGGUACCAAACCGCCGCGGACCUCUGGAAGCAAUACAGAGACGCCAGCGAACUCAUACGUGAAUGGUGCGAUAUUCAAAUGGAAAAUGUCAAUGGUCUCGAACCAGAUGAGGCUGUCAAAACAGUUAAGGUCUGUGAAGAUACUCUAGCAGCCCACACGUCGCGUUUAGCGGAACUUCGUAACUUGGUGUCGGAAAUCGCAACAGCCGUCGGUUUGGACGGUAAUGCUCUUCUUGGUGGAGAAGUCGAAGCUCUCGGUCGUAGGUUGCACGAUGUCCGCGAGUCGCUCACGAUUCUGGCCGAUGUCGCCGAGGACCAAGCGAUUUCCAAGAAUCAAGUUCAAGAAGAGUUUGUUAAGGCAAAGAAUUACCUAACAUCCGUACAAAAGAGUGUCACCGGAAUUGACUCCAUUCCCGAUAGUGAAGUGGAAAAGAAAUUGGAAACGCUAAGAGAUCAUCUCUUGGAAUUAAGUAAGACAGAAAGCAGAAUACAGAAGAUGAAAGACACCAGUUUGGAUAAAUCGAGACCAAUAAGAACCGAAACCUCGAUUUUGGAGAUUUUGCAAUUGUGGCAGCAGGUUUUCAGGGAAACCUUCCAGCAGUACCACCGCCUCAGUACCAGACUGAUCAAAAACGAAGACAGCAUGGCCGCCUUAAAACUGUGGCAAGAAUAUUUAUUGCACGUGCAACAGUUCCUUCUAGGCUCCAUUCCCAGUGAGUACAACAGCUUGGCCGAACACCAACGUCUACUCGAAGUUCACCAGAAUCUCUUAACAACGCAACAAAGCAUACUCCAACCACUCAGCGAUCGCGAUAAUAAGUUAUACGAAGUAAAUCUCUUAGAACAAUUUAAUUCUCUUACAAAUCUUCACAAUGAAACUCUAUCGAAGAUCAUAGACAGACACGGUGAGGUCAGCAAUCGGUUGAGCGCUUGGGAUCGGUACAGGUACGACCAAAACCGUCUACUGGGAUGGCUGAAAGACAUGGAGAAGGAACGGGAGCGUCUGCAGUUGCGCUACAUCAACAUUCGUCGUGUGCCAAAAGUACUAGCAAAGAUACAAUCGCUACUCGGGCAAAUUCCGCAAGGCGAGGACCAAGCCGACCAACUACAAAAACAGCAGCCGCAGUUGCUCGAAUUUUCCGACGACGCCUUCGGCGCGUCAAUUCGAAUGGAACACGUCGCAAUGGUACAACGCAUAUCGAACCUUCAGGCGGGUCUAGACACGUGGAAGCAAUUCCUGGAAAGGAUAAACGCGCUCGUUGCCGUCUACGAGGAGAAGGUGAAGAAAAUUCAAGAUCUGUUCGACAAUUUCCAAGACGUCAUCAAUUCGAAUUCACAAGAGAUUCCCGGUACUCACUCGGUAUUGACGCAUCGGUUAGAAACACUUCGACAAAUCCGCGGUAGACUCAACGAGCUAACGAACGACCUGGAACAGUUAGGUGUGACGCAAGAACAGCUAAAAGAGUGCGUCAGUCCGAUGGAUAUGAAAACUAUUAGCCAGCGAAUGUGGUUGUUGUGGCACCAGCAGGGCGAUAUCGACCACCAGCUGACGAUUUUAUGCCAUCAAUUGGAAGAACGGUUAGGUUUACGAAGCACAUUCGAAGCAAGGCAGUCCAGGUUUAUAAUUUGGGCGGACAACUUGGAGAGAAGGUUGGAGGAAGAGCAGGAAAAAGGCGAUCCCAGCGAAGUACUUAAACGACUCGAAACCGAACUUCAAACCGAAAUGUCGUUAAAAACUCACGAGUAUAAGUGGUUAAUAAACACGGGGAAGGAACUUGUAAGUGCGUGCGGCGAGGACUACAGUGACGUGGUAGCUAAACAAAAUUUGCAAGUGAAAACUGACGAAGUGCGGAAGAGGUGGGAACGUUUAGAACAGUUAGGGAAGAAUCGUGUUAGUAAAAUACAAGAUAUGACUCAGACGAUGCUGCAGUUAGAACUUAAAAUAGCUGAGAUUAAAUCGUGGCUACACCAAACCGAAAUAAAAUUAAGCAAACCUUUAGUUUUUGAAAGUACCAAUAAAAACGUCAUUGACGGAUUAAUCCAGGAACAUGACGUGCUGAAAAAAUCGAUCGAAAAAGAGAGUGUUAUUAUUGGAGAAGUUAUUAAUUUAUGGGAGUUGUUACUGAGUGACGCCGACGUUUGGAAGAUUUACUUCACGACGGAAACCAUUACUUUGGAUAUACAGAAUAUCGAAAAACGGUGGAAGGUGGUUUGCGGAAAGGCCGUCGAGAGGAAGCAGAAGUUAAUGUUUGCUUGGAAGCUUCUAUUGGAGAUUCUUCGGAUCUGUUCGGAACAAGAGCAUUGGUUGGUUGCUCAAGAUGACGCGCUGAAAGAAUUAGAUAAGCCUGUUAAUAAGCAAUCUAGGGAGCAAAUCUCGGACAAAAUUGCUAAAUUGGAGAACUUAAUUAAGGAAGUCGAAUCUCGCAGCCCUACCUUUGAAAUUUUGGAGCAGACGUACUCGAAGCUGGCCAAAACAAGCGGAUUAGAUCCGAUCAACAUCCGAAAACUCACGGCACACGUGCGUCAACUGAUUAUAAAAUGGCGCGAUAUUCUUCCAAAUGCUCAUUCCAUUUUGCAAAACUUGCAAAGGGAACUCGCUCUGUAUAAGGAGUUUGUGGCCGCUCACGGAAACGCAAUCAUGGGCCUGACGCGAAUUGACGCCCAGCUAACGGAACUGCAGCACUUAACCUCGCCAGAAAUCGAAAGCUCGGUCACAGAACGUUUGGAAAAACUCGAGAAAAUCGAUCAAUCGCUGACGGCUCAGAACACCAUUUUGGAAAACGCCGAUAAAUUAGGUUUACUGCUCAUGCAGCGAAGGCCAAAGCCGGAGAGUAAAAAAAUACAAGAGAUGAUAGACGAGUAUCAAUUGCUCUGGAAAGAUAUUCAGGAACGAAUUAUCACGCUAAAGUCGAGCCUCAAAACGCAAAGACGAGAAAUCGACGAAGGCGUGCAGGUAGAAACGCUCAAAUUUGAGCAGGACACCGCGGUGCAGGUGAACACGCUUCCACCUCACCUCCAGCGCAUGAUGUCAAUAACGCCUAAAGACGCUUACAUGGUCGAGCUGGCUUCGGCUAUUGGAGAAUCGGCUAGCAACGUGAACAAAUUGCAACGCAUCGUCGACAAGGAGAUUCCUCAGCAGGGCUCCACGGAACUCCAUCUAAUCGCCAAGCAAAUCGCCAAACUACUCGUGACUUGUCAAUCUUCCAUCGAACUAAUGAACCAUCUGCACGAUGUACUGAUUGACGAAUGCGACGCGACGGAGGACGAGGCCAGAACCGAGGAAGUAAAAGCUCUCACGACCCAAUACACCAAUCUCAUAUCCAAAGCGAAACAGAAAGAGUCGAAAAUACGAGAGUUGAGGUCUGACGUGAGUGACGCUUAUAACUUUUUAUGCCAACAUGAGGCUGGACGUUUACUAUGCCCGUUAUGCACCAAACGCAACUGGGCGCAACUGGACAACGACCUAUGGCGAUUGGAACAGUGGCUACAAGCGGCCGAGGGUAUCCAAGGUUCCCAAAGGUCGCCUCCGUCGAACAUAGAACAGUUGGAGGAUGUAAUCCAAGAUCAUCGAGAGUUCUUGCUCGAUUUAGACAGUCAUAAAAGUAUCAUAAGAUCUCUCAAUAUUGUUGGAACACACUUGGCCGACCACUCCGAGGACACAGAGAGGGCGGAGAAGCUUAGGGAACGUCUGGAUGCGGACAAUAAGCGGUGGGAUUGUGUGUGCAUCAGUGCCGCCAAUUGGCAGACGGCCUUGCAAAAGGCGCUUAUGGAUAAUCGGCAGUUCCACGCAAUCGUAGAGGAAUUAUGCGCGUGGCUGGAAAAGACCGAAGCCCAAAUAAAAGCGUUCGAACCGGUCGAUCUGACUGUCGACACCGAAAGCAUCAAUAAUAAGUUUGAGAGAUUCUGCCUUUUGAAAUCUGAACUGGAACACUGCGAGCCCCGAGUGCUCAGUCUGCAGGAGAACGCGAACCAGCUGUUAAGGCACGAGCAGGCGCCCGAAGGUUCGAUAACAAUUUGCGCACGUUUAAACGAGCUAAGGCUCAAGCUGCACUCGCUUAUACGGCUUACAAGAAUUUAUGUACUCAAGUUAGGCGCCGUUUUGGGUCGGGAUCCUAACGAGUUAGGAUUAGACUUUGUUUCGUCGUCUCUCACUGCCGGUCCUAGCCUACAAUCACUCAGUUACAAUCUUCUGGACCAGGCAACUGCUACGCCAGAGUCACCUUCGGCACCAGAAGACAGCACUUACACUGGCAGUACAGAUGACUUGAAAAUAAAUACGACAGUUCUACGAAGAGGAUACCAUUUCCUGGGUAGGGUAAUCAGAGCAUCUCUACCGAUUCAAGCAAUCAUGCUCUUACUACUGGGCGUAGCAUCUCUAGUCCCUUACACGGAAGAAGACUAUGCAUGUUCACUAGUCAACACUUUUGCAAAUAGUUUAAAUCCAACCUUACAUUAUCGUGACGGUCCCCCGCCCAUAUAAACAACAACAUCGGACCUUUAGUUAUAUUUUAUCAUUCCAUUAGACUUUCUCACUUAGUUCGGUAGUAGUAUAACGACAGUGUUACUUAAGUAUAGGUUCCUUUAUUUUUUUAUUAUUAAAUUUCCUAUCAAUUUUAUAAGUCAAUGCGAUGGACCUCAUCAUCACGGCGAGAUUAUCUGACCACUUAUCUGUAUAUUGGGAAAGCGCACAGAGUAAUUUUUAAUAUAGAAAUAUUUAUAUAUUUUAUAUUGUUGUUUUUAGAAUUUUACGUACAUGGUUGUGUGUUAAGUUAAUCGAGAUUCUUUAAAGGGGUGGAACACUUUAAGGAAUCGUCGAUUGAUUCGUUACUGUGAUGUGAUAACAAUUUGACCUUUGAUCCCGAUCCUAAUGUAAUGCUAAUCUCUCCUAUAAUGUUACAUUAAGAGCGUACGGUCGUAACUAAACUCUCCAUAGUUGCGCUCGUAUAAUGACUUUCGAAGGGUCAAAAUGCUUGUACGCGAAUGCCUUAGAAAUUCUAUACUUAUUACGUUUAUUGUUGCUUUUGCAUAUUUUAUUUUAAACUGAUCACGGUGCUAAUAUAUGUUAACUUUUAUCUCGCAUGUUAAUAAUCAAACAAAUUGCUUAGACGACAGGUACAGCUUCUACACAUUUAUACGAAACGAUUAUGUGUAUACCUAUAAAAGGAUUGUUUCCGCUAACAUAUAAAUUCAUAAUGUGGCAAUUUUAAAUGACAUCAAAAUAUACGCUGUUUUCAUUUA